AUGUCGUUCGCGCACCACAAUAGGCGGUCAGUGUCGCCGUCGUUUUCGUGGCGGUACAGCGGCACCGACCCCCGCCGACACGUCAAAUCGGUUCCGUGCAAGUCGAAGAGAUCGCAACGGUGCGCCAGCGUGAUGGCCACUCCGGCCCGUCUGCCCGAACCGUUGUUGCUGGACCCGGACGGUACGACUGCACUGUUGAUCUAUCAGAAGAUAUGUUCGUGCCGUUUGCCAGAUUACCUAAGGUAAGAGUGUAGUGCCGGAAUGUUGUGGACGAUGGAUAUUAUUGCGUGUACCUACCGAAUAAACGGGGACGACCGGUCAUCCGGGCGCGUUUCGAUUUAACUGCGUAGGUUCACGGCGAUUUUGACGGUCCGUUGGAGCGCGCUACGCCUGCAGGUAACGGUAGACGGGGUAACUAUAUAAUAGUCAGGGUUCAGCAGUAUCUUCGAUACGAUAUUGUGUUUCGUUACUUGUAUCGCGAUACUGUUCCGGAAAGUAUAAAUAACCGCCGUAUAUUUCUUGAGAUAAAGCGUGCACGAAAAAAUAAUGUAAUUGAUGUUUUAAUUUCAAUAUAUCGAGUAUAUAUCAUAGUAUUUAAAAAUACAAUAUACAAUAUGCAAGUAUCGAGUACUUGCAAUACUUAUUGACACAUUGGUAUCUUGUAUCUGGACACUGAAAAACAAUGUAUCGAGUAUCUAAUUUUAAAGUAUUGAAAAAAUAAAAAUAUUUUGAUUAUUUUUUGUCGGGUACUUUUAAAUAAUCAUCCCCGGAUCAAGUAGGCACGUCCCUUGGAUCUGUGGAUGUAAAGGGCCCAUUUUAUCAUUAUAAAUGUGUACAAAAUAUUCGUUCAACAAUCUUGUAAUACACAAAUUUAUAUGGGCCCGAGGCCCACUGGUCUUUCUUAUCCGGCUUAGUAAAUCGUUCAUUAUUUUGAUGGUAAUAUCAUAAAGUAACUGUAUAAUAUUGUUGUCUUUUUACAUUAUGUUUGUUACAUUUGUUUAGUAAACAAUAAAAUACUGGGUUGAGGUGCUGUACAGCAAAUGAGCUAAUUUGUUAUAGUAUAUUAUUAGAUUAUAUUUAGUAAAUUUAAAUAACAUAAUUAUCAAUUAUGUUACAACACACUAAAACUCGUAUGCACUCGAAAUUAUUAAUGUAAUUAUUGGGAGAAAUAUAUCUUUUAUUGAGUAGCAUUUGUGUUUACUACUGUUUACGACACAUUACAAAUGCUUAAAUGCCAUAAAACCCAUUCUUAGCCUUGAGCGCAUACGUUUUUUUUUCCUAACAUCGUAUGGUAUUCCUUUUAAAUAAACCAUUCAUACUAUUAAUGAACCACCAGUUAAAGUGUGCAUAUAAUUAUAAGACUACGAAAAUAUUAUAAUAAACGUAUACAAUAAAGCAUUUUAUGACUUGUUAUGUAUUAUUUGUUUUAGAAUUUAGACUAUAGUUACUUUUCUUUUAUAAGCAUUCGUUAAAAUUAUUCUCGUGUUUUGUCAUGUUCGCAUUACCAUAGUUACUUCAAUAUUCAGCCUUUUCAAAUUAGCUAAACGUUUUUCUUGUUAUUAGCUAAAUUUAGUUUUUUUUUCGUUUACGAGAAUAAAAAAUAAUUGUACAUAUAUGUUGUUUUCACAUGAACAAUUGUUUUUUCUUUCUAAAAACUGUAUUUUCAUUAAAUUGAUUAGUACCUAUAGUAAACAUAAUUGUAUGAUUUUUCAGUGUUACACAAAUCUGCAAUUUUUAGAAAUCAAAACCAUUGUGUAAUAUUAAAAUUAAUUAAACAUUUUCCCACACUAAUAAUAAUGUUAUUAUAGCGUCUGCUUUGUAUUCAUAUGAAAAAAAUAUCGCAAACCAUCGUUCGUUAAACAAUAUAUAGACGUAAAAAAAAAAAAAUCAUUGUAGAUUCAACACUUGUCAUCGAGACCGCAUGGUAGACUAAUGAAUUUAACGUAUUUUGUAAAUCAGUAACAGAUGUCAACAUAAAAGCUAAUAAAUUCCAAUCUUUUUAAUCAUCUAUACCAAUAUAUGAUGUUAUAGUCAAUAAAUGUAUACAUAAAUUAUUAUUUGUAAAUAUAUUUAAACAAUACAUAAAUAACGAUAAUAAUAAAAUAUAAUUUAUUAGGUAAUAAAUAAAUUGACAAAUCAUAUGUAUAGGUGAUCGUGAUUUAGAUUGUGUGUUAAAUUAUUACUUUUUAUUUAUUAAUAAUUGAUAAAUAUAAUAUUUUACCUACCAUUAAAAGUUUAUAGUUAUUUUAAACUUGUAUUUGGGUACCAAACUAGAAAUUAAAUUGUUUUAUUUUUUAUCAACUAAUUUAGUAAUAGUUAAAUACUAUUUUACUAUAAAAUUAUAAAAUAUUUGAAUACAAUUAAAUAGAAUUAUUAGUGUGAUAUAUUAUACACUUGUUAUAUAAAUUACUACGAAAUUUAUUUAAAAAUAAAUAUUUACCUACAAUAAUACAAUUCUUCUUCUUUUUUUUCGCCGUCAAUCCAAUUAUUUGGGGUCGGCCAUCCUCGUUAUAAACUUCUAUGUAUCACUUGUGUUACAUAAAACACUAAACGUUUUUCUUUAUUUAUCCAACCACACUAGUUCUAUGUUUCAAAUAUUCAAAGCCACCGUUCUUUCGUACGAAACAUAGUACUUAAAAUUCAACCCCGUUUUAUACGUCACCGCUUAUUAUUAUUAGCUGUCUUGUCCUGUUCUUCCAAACACACACUUUGUAUACUCUGAUUUACUUCUACUUAUCCUUAGUCUCUUUCCUUCAAGUGCCACUCCCUAUUCCCCAAGCCUAUUUUCAAUUUUUUUUGAUUAUCUUCUAUAAAAAUUAUAUAAUCUGCAAACAUCAUGCACCGUGAUAUCUCGUCUUGUAUAUUUUUCUUAACUUCAUCCAUUUACCAUAGAAAACAUGUAAGGGCUCAAGGUCGAAUUCUGAUGACUAACCUUAAAAUCGUCUUUUAUUCUACACACAUUUCUUACACUUGUAUUUGAACCUUCAUACAUAAUAUUAAACUAAUAUACAAUCUCGGAACUCCUUUUCUCAUUAACGCUCACAUCAAAACCUUUCAGCACUCUGUUAUAAGCCUUCUCUCUUAAUCUACAGAGUCACUAUAGAAUAUUGUAUUGUAUUAUAUUAUAUUAUAUUAUAUUAUAAUGUAUAUAAUUAAUAAUUUAUUCGUUUUUAUUUCCGAUACAGAAGUAAGAGUUCAAGCCAAUCGUCAACGCCACCCCUUUCGUUCACAGAAUGCCAGCAACGAUCCAAUGGAGAACACGAGGAAGGGUCAGAAAUGUUCGAAGAACCUGUAGAAGAAGUGGUAAGUGUUUUAUCUCGUAUUAUUAUUAUUAUUUUGACUGACUGUAAGUUGCGUCCAAAAUACCUUUUUGCCAUAAAUUACGUCCCGAGUAUUAUUCGGAUAUAUAUGUAAAUUGCGUCCAUUAAAUGUAAUAUAUUUAAAGUGUUACUGUUUUGCAAAAUGUAAUAAUUAUAAUUGUGCAUAACAUUUGCACGUUUGUACGCUAAAAUUCGAACGUUUAGUUUUAUUUUAAAAACACUAGUGAAACCAAAAUUUGUAGCCAUCGAUAACUUAUUAUGGUUUUACUUUUUUCACUAUGCAUUACGUUUAUUAUCAAAGAACUAUCAACUAAAUUAAUAAUGUGGAAUUCAUAACUCAUUUAUCAACAGAUAUUUAAUUUUUCGUUAGACGAAAUUUACGUAUAUUUAAUUUAAUUUUGUUCUGGGUAUCUUUUUUUAGGACGCAACUUACUAUCUCCCAUUAUUAUUAUGUGAAAUGACGUUAUCGAAGGGCCGUUUUGACAUUUCGCAUGUACAAUGUAACAUUAACCUAAUUGGAUUGCGGGUUAUCUACUAUGCAGCAAAUACGCCUCUUAGUUAUGUCAUCGUGCCCGAGGGAAUAAAAUGACAUAUUAUUAUUAGUUAGGUAGUACAUAUCAUUUUCAUUUGGGGGCUUCGUGAAUAUUCGUCCGACUUCUCUCGCGAUUCACUACUGGACGGUAUACAAUGUGUAUUGGUUCUGUAUUACGUGAAUAUAGUUGUUGAAAUGAAGUAUUGAUUAUUUGUGAAUUUAAUUAAAUAAAAAUCAUUAUGGGGCUAUUCAAAAAGCUCAUGUGGUCAAACAAAAAUACAAAUUUCAAUCCCAUUCCACCUCCCUCCGUGUGUUCGUCUAGUCGAAAAAGGAGUAGAAGAGAUUCCAUGUCAACUUCUAGUAGAAGACAUAGGCGUAAAAAGGUUUGUUUAUUUUAUUUCCAUUUUCUACGGAUUUGUCAAAACAUUAAAAUCGAUUUUUUUAUUUAAAUGCAAUAUAAUGUUCAUAUUUUUUCGGAUUUUACGUUUAAGUUUUUUAUAACUUAUGCGCAAAUUUAUGCGCUUUAUGACUUUUACCGGAGAUUUAUCACGGCCUAGGUAUUUAUAAAAUGUUAAAUAAUUUCCAGUUAGAUCUUGUGAUAAACAUUUUUAAAUUUUAAAUAGUACACUGAAUCGGAUAAUUUUAAAAUUAUUUGAUCAAACAAAAUUGUUUUUUAAAAUUUUUCGUCUAAAAUGUGUGAAAUAUUCAUGAAAUAUACUAAUUAAUGAAUUAUGUAUUCUUGUUGAAAUUUGUGUAAAUAUUAAAACCAAAAUGAAUAUUUAAACUUUAGGGUUUUAUGACCUACAAAUGUUAUUAGGUACAUAAUAUACAUUUACUAUACAGUACAUACCUACCUUAAAGUAUUACAUUUAGAUUUAGCUAUCAUUACUUUUAAAUUAAUUACAUUAUUUUUUAUUUUUUAAUGUAAUUAAAUAAAAUAAAUACAUACAUUUCAAUAGAUGUAAAUAGACAUAUUUUAACAUUAAUAUUGUGUUUAUUUAUAUGCCCAAGAAGGGGAAUUAUAAGAGUCAAUCCUCGUGGAAUCAGGAAAAUAUUUAAAAAUAAUAAUAUUUUUUUUUCAAUUAUGAUCAAGUUCAAUGUUAUUUAUAAUUUAAAUACAAUUUUAAUAUGUUAUAGUAAAAGACAAAAACUUGUAUUUGAAAUUGAGGGGAAGCAUAGCAUCCCUAUCACAAGUAGCUAUUAUUUUAAAUGAAACUUUAACAUAAGUUUUAAAUCUUAGAUACGCCACUUCUAAAUUUAAAAACAAAUUGUGAAUUUUGGAAAAAAAAAAAUCACAUAAAUAUAAAUAUUUUCCCCCUAGAAAAAUACUACUCAAAAUCUAUACAUUCACUGAUUUAACAAUGUUAUCGGCUUUUUGUUUACAUUAUUUCGAUUAGAAGUAUUCAGUCCCAACAGUUUCUAGCAGUUACUUAUAUAUUUUUAUAGUUAGUCUUUUUCUUGCCUUAAAGACGCCUGAUUAAUAUUUGUGUAUACCAUACCAUGUACAUUUUUGUUGUAUAAAUUGCAAGUUUUCUGGCGUUUGUUAUAAUUUUAUCAAAUUCCUGUGUAAAGAACAAAAAAGAUGUUUCGAACUUUUUUAACAAUAAUAAUGCAACAUUUUACUACAAAUUGAUUUUUAUUUCAUUUCGGUAUAUUAAGUUCCAAUGUAUGUUUCGUAUGUUAUCUACUAUGUAUUAUUUGUAUAAACCAUAUUCAUUUUUACCUUUUUUUAUUUUAUUCUGGAAGUAGGUAAUUUAAAUUCAGUAUGCUUCGUCAGAAAAUAAUAUUUUUGUUUUUAAUCAAUAUAGACAAAUUUUCUAUCCUGUAAGAAAGCUUUAAAUUGUUUGUUUAACUUGAUAGUGCUCCAAGGGGGGAUCCGACAAUUAUUUACUCUACUUUGUCCUUCCAUAAGUGAAAUUAGGAGGUUAAAAUGUAAGUUUUCAUUUUUUUUCCGAAAUGUGUAUUUAUGAUUGUGCAUUUAUUAGUUUAUGUUUAGCAACUCAAAAAGUGCUGUGACUUGUGAAAUGUAUGAUUUCGAUUCCGGUUACGUUAUUCUAUUUAGCUUAAAAACACACACACAAGAUAUAUUUUUUUUUUAUUUACACGGUAUAUACAAUCUGUUCCCCUAGGAAAAAUAAGAAUAUGUGGUUAUAAAAGAAAAAUAGAUACAUGAUUAAUUCAUGAGAAGAGUCAACCAAUGGUAAAACUACCCUCACUUGAUGAUUUUUUUUUAAAUUUAAUGUAUACUGCUUCUUCAUGGACUGUUUCAAUUUUUAGAUCGGUGUGUAGAGUGUUAGGUUUGAGAUGUAAGAGGGAAAAUUUGUGAUUUUACGAAACAUGUUAUUUGGAAGGUUUGAAUUUUAUUAAUGUUGGAUUUUUUGGCAUUGCCCCAGAGUUGAAAACUAUGGGUCCAUAUCGGCUUAAACAAUGAUUUAUAAAUUAAGAGUUCAGUAUUUAAACUAAACUCUGGACCUAUAGAGUGUAUUUGUUGUUGGAGAUUAGAGUUUUAAGGAUGUGGAGUCUUGCAUUUAAGGCAAGUCUUUUAAUUUUAAUGUUAUGUGACCAUCUGAGAUGACGGUUAAUCUUCAGACCUAAGUAUUUAGCCGAUUAGGAGGAAGGGAUUUAAAUAUUGCCUAGAGACACCAUAGGACAUGGAGUAAAAUGAACAUUGAAAGUUGUAUGAAGUGAUUUGGAUUGAUUAACUUUGAUACAGCAUUUUUUAUACCAAUCAGCCAUGAGGUCAAGGUGAAGUUGAAGAUUAAGGGAAGCUAUAUGAGGAAUAUUAUGGAUAAAUAUAAUAGCCUUGUCAUCGGCAAACUUCGCAACAGCUGUGUUCGGAGAGGUAGGUUGAUCGGCAUCGUAGAUUUUGUAUAAUAGAGGAGAAAGAAUACCCCCUUGUGGAACGCCUGCGCUAAACUUUACUAAACUAAAAAAGGAUAUGUCAACCCUGACCUGAAAGUAACGAUCCGUGAGGUAGGAUUUGAUUAAUAAGUUGGAUGUACUAUGGGUUUGAUUUUAUAUAGCAGUCCCUCGUGCCAUACCUUAUCGAAAGCUUGGGAUUUAUCCAAUAAAACGCAGGAACAAUAACUUUUUCAAGGAAAAAUGAGAUAGCAUCGGCUAGUCUGUGCAGUUGGUGUAUUGAGGAAUGAGCGGUACGAAAACCAAAUUAAGUAUUUGGUAAUAUGGAACUGGAAGAAAUGCAUGGAAGAAUUAUUUUAAAAAUUAAUCUUUUGAGAAUUUUGCUAAAGAAGGGGAGGAGAUUUAUUGUUCGGUAGGAGGAGGAUAAGUCAGGAGGCUUAUUUGUUAGGUUUUGGAACUAGAAUUGUUACAGAAAAUUUCCAAAGUAUGGAAAAAUAUGAAAAUCUUAGACGCGCAUUAUGUCUAAUUGUGAGAAGAACAAUGGUUUUUUUGGGGAGGGACUUGGCCACUUCUGCAGUUAUCAGGUUGAACCCCGGAGAAUUUUUGAGACUGUAUUUUUGAAUUGUACAUUUUACGUCGCCAGGAGAGAAAUGCUUAACUGUUAAAGAGAUAACAAGGAGGAUAUCAAGUAAGCGAUUUACUAUGUCAGUAUGUAAAGGUAUUUGUAUAUCCGGGGGAGACGUGAAAGUUUCGGUUAGGUGUUCUUUAAGCAGUAUAGUUUUUUCAGCAUCGGUAGAUACAAAUGCAUCGUGGGGAUUUAUUAUGAGAACGAGCGGAGGUUUGUAUUUUAGAAAACUUUUAGUAACUGACCAGAGACUGCCAUUAUUAGGUGACAAGCUUGAGUUGAGAGAUGGUUUUCAAAUGAUUGAUUUUUAUGCUUAACAAGAAUUUUUUUCAGCGAGUUAGAUAGAUUGUUAUAAAUACGUUUGGGGGAUAGAAAGCGUGAACGUAGGUAAAGGGCCCUUACUCUGCGCUUAUUGGAUAUAAGGAUGCGAAUAUGUUCGGGAAUUGAAAGAGCAACAUUUGAGUAUUGAAUUUUGAAAUAACAAGGAAGAUUUAAUAUAAAUUGCAGCACCACCAUGAGCAGAGUUAUCUGGAUGAUUUGUUUUUAGGAGUUGAUAACCAGGUAUAGGGAUGUGAGAGUAUUUUGAAAAAUACGUUUCAGAAAUCAAGGCAAUAUCUAUAUGCUAAAUUUGUGUUUUUAUUUUUGAAGAUAGAUUUCAGUAUCAUUAUUAUUGCGAUAAGAUUGAGAUCACUGCCGCCGUAGCGGCGUGUGAUAAGACUAGCACACGAGUUGAUGUAGAUAUAACGAAUACGUAGGUAAGCGACGACGAAAUUAUUAAUUUUGUUGUUUAUAUCGACUAUGAGAAUAAUUAGAGAAACUAAGUAAUUUUUAGCAUUACGUAGUUUCUGUUAUUUGAACGCAGAAGUUUUAAGUAUAAUUAAAUAUAAAUAUGAUAUAUAAGACCAAUAUACGGAAUAAAUAAACCACAGGACGGAGCGCAAGCAGUGUGCGCGACGAAUGCCGAACUCAAACUGAACAUACAAGAUAUAACAAAAUAAAUUGAACGAUUUUUGACAACAUUUAAUAAGCAAUAAGAUGUAUUUUGAAGAAAUCGCAAAUUUCAACGUCAAAACUCACGUUUUAUAAAUAAAAAAAACGUGAAAAUUUCGAAUUAGUGCCGAACUAAAUUUUUGGUCCCAUUUAUAUUUUAUAUUAUUAUUAUAACUAUAAACGUUGUUUACAUAUUUUUUUGGUAACGGGGGUGGCACUUUCACUUAUCUUCUGUAAACUACUGGUCUAGUUUAGGGUUUGUUCCAUGAUUUUUGAUAUCAUAUUUAGUUUUUACAUGCCUCCAUAAUCUUAGUAAUUCAGAUAAAGAUUAAACACUUUCGACGAAAAAAUAUACGAGUAUUGAUCUUCUUUUCUGGUUUUUUUGAUUUAUAAAUGUUAAAUAUUUUUUGAAUCGAAAAUCGGUAUCAAGUAAUCAGAUGGACUGAUCGAAAACAACCCAAACUCCAUCUGACGACUUGUUACCAUUAAUUCCUGGUAAAUAUAAUAUUUCAGUUUUCGGCCUCAAACCGCAAAAAUCCGUCGAGUUUUUAUUUUUAUAAUGAGUAUUAAGAUCAAUGACACAAAAAAAGCACAAUCAAAGUUCUGACAUCUUAGGUUUUUAACAUUUUUAAAUUUAGGUUUUUCUACCGUAGAAAACUGAAGGAUUUCGGUAACAAUAGUUACCUACAUCCGAAUGUUAAUUUAAUUUUAUAAAAAAAUAUUAUUGAGAAAAAAAUAAUGAUAUUAUUUUAAAAUGUUAUCUGCAAACACUAGCCAUUCGUCGUAAUUCAUUACAUGAUAAUAUUGUUAUUCUGUAAAUCAUUAUAUUGUGAUAAGUUAUCACACUGAUAACAGUGUUGGGGUCAUAUUAUUAUUUAUUAUCUACUGUGUUUGUCGUAACCGAAUUCAUUCCGUGGUAGCUGUUAAAUAAAAAACAACUACAAGACUAACGAUUAAACUAUUAUUUGUACGUUGUAGUCUUGUAGUAUAUUAUUAUAAUAUCGUAUAUUGAAGAAGUGGCGAGCAACCGGUUUUGUAUUAUUUACUGCAAUAUAAAAGUAGUUUAAAAUCCAUCGGCAUUGCUGCCACACGCUGACAAUGUUUUCGUUGAUAUGAAAAUAGAAUUUACGUAAUUUUUUUGUAGGUAAUAAAAAUAAGUAAAUACUAGUAUUAUCGUGGUACGCAACGCAAAUUAUUACUUUGCCAAUAAAUAACUCUUCUACGCGCGCCUCUCCGGUUUGGGCAUAUUUGAUCUUUACAUACUAUACUUUAUAUAAAUAUAACGUUAUUACAAUCGUAAAACAAUGGUGAACAUUUCAAAAAUAAUCCUCUUUUAAACGUAAUAAUGGAAUUAAAAUUAAUUAUAAUAUUCAUUAGCCUAUUAUAUAGGAAUAUUGUUUGGGCCAGUUUUUCAUUAUUAUAACACAAGCUAGCCACAACUCGAAAUUUGUUACGGGGUACGUGAAAUUAUAAGUUAUAAUUAUGUUAUUAAUACUGCAUUUAUAGUACAAAUAGCUACGAUUAAUUAAUUUUCUCGUUGAUUCCUUAAAAACUUGGGGAUUUUUAGUCGACUAAAUGUUGAAAAACAGUUGCAGUUGUAAAAAAUAUGGUACAAUUUUAUGGAAUAUUAAUUAUAGUUGGAAAUUUAUUUUAUAAUUAUUUUUUUAAGCUCUCAUAGUAUUUUUUUUAAACAUUGUCGGAGGAAUUUAAACAAAAUAGUUUCCAUUUAUUAAUCUAUAGUCUCCAUUCAUCUUCCAUGGCUUUAGCGCCCCCUCUCCCUAUGUAUGCCACUGAUAAUAUUCUACUGCUGACUCGUGUAGUCAUUAUUUUGCAUUUUAAACGUUCGCAACCCAUGGCAUAUAUACGCUACUGCGGCGUAUGCUUAUUUGAAAAGCAGUCGCCUCUCGGAUUUCUGCGGCGUGGGUAUUUAAAAGUAUAUUGUUAAGUUAAAUUAAUUUUUUUUUUUAAUCAGUUAAAAAUUUUAAAAUGAUACAAUUGUUUUCAUUCAUCUUAUUAUUCUUCUCUGUUAUGAAGAGCCACGUUAGUGCUAGGUUUACUAAGUACUAUCUAUAUUUCUAUCACGAUUGCUUUAUUAAUUUUGCGUGCACUUCUCGUAUUACCUCCUGGUCACCUUUAGCCACUUAAUCAUUGGCUGGCAUCUCCCUUUAUAGUUUUCAUUAAUCAUCACGCCGUUUUAUAUACGCAAAGCAAUAGUAUCAUAUUAUAUACGAAAAUGUUUUCGGAUAUAAUAUUAAUAUAAUAGGUAUAUUUGUAUUAUUUGUUGUUUUACGCAGGCCCCGAGCUAAGUAACCAUAUUAUUACUAUGUUUAUCGUUUCGCGCGUAAACGUAAUCAACCUACAUUCAUGCAUUUCUGAUUACGCGGACCACACAUAACUGCGUACACGAGAUUUUUAUCAUAGCUAAAUUAUUUUCGAUUAAAAAUCCGGCAUAAGCGAGCGAACGGAGGCUGCCGAAGGUCCCAAAACGAAGCGUUAUUGUACUAUCAUUGUAUAAUAAUGAUAACACAUUAUAAUUGAAUUUUGUGAUGCGAUAUUUGAAAUCGGCCAAUCAGAGAACUGAGUCGCUCUUACUGCAGAACGUUAAUAUUAUGCGACCCGGGUUAAGUCUAUAAUCGACUUCAAAACGACGGCGUUGCCCGCCAAAGGUGCGCGAUCACUAACAAAUUCGUUUGAUGUCUUUAUAUUAUUUAUGAUAAUUAUGGCGAUUCGCGAUCACCGCUCAGGACGCCUCGAGCUCAUCGUGCAAUGUAUACAAUGCACUUCUAAGCGCAUGCAUUAUACGUGCACUAACUUAAAACAUCGGAAACUAUCAAACAAUUAAUCCUGUAUGUUUUUAAAACUAUUGAACGUAAUAUUAAUACAUUAUAAUAUUUUAUCUGUACAGAAACAAAAAAAAAAUAAAACGAUUCUCGUCGAUAAAAUAUGCAUUAAAUUAAAUAAUAUAUUUUAUACCUACAUGUGCUGUUUCCAUCAUCCAACACACGACAUGGGUUGUAAAUUUGCAUCAACUUAAAAAUUAGAAGUAUCGACAAAAACCAACGUACAAACACAGAUGAUAUUCUUUGAUAAUAGUUCAAUUUAUACGUUCUAAUUCUAAAACUAGCAGUACAACAAUCGGUCCUGUUAAACGAAAAAUGUCUGUGUCAUGCGUUUGUAAAAUCGCGGAGAUCUAGGACAUCUUGGCGAAAGACAUUUUGGCGAAUCGUUUUUGGUGAAAGGAUAUAUCGGCAAACGGAUAUUUCAGCGAAACUAUUUAAUUGGACCAUAAAUCAGACGACAUUAUCUCAAACAUCCCGUUUUUUACAUUUUAUAGCCUCCAAAACUAAUACUAUCAAUCCAAAUCCUAAUAAUCGGUAAUAUCGAUUCGACCGAACGUUAUCAUAAUAAUGCCCAUAGCGACAUUUUUGUGUUAGCAUAGUUUAUCGUUGCAGCGUACAAACAAAAUUGAAAUAAUUUUGUGUAUCCUACCUUUCCAAUUUUUUAUGGAGGAACUAUUGUAGAUGAUACGGCUAGUCUAAUUAGGUGUGUCUAAAUGAAGUGGACGGAAGUGGCGGGGAAGAAUGUUGUGUACUUUUGUCAUAAAAAAUGUGUUGUUAAAAGGGAAAUUAUAUAAAACUGACGUGAGCUCAGCCAUGAUCCUUGGGUCUUUGUAUCAGACAUUAAAUUGAUUUCAUACAAAUGGUUGUAAAAAGCAAGACAAAUGAGAGAGAGCUGUUAAUUGAGAUGGCGUGGUCAUGUCGAAAGAAGGAGAAACGACGUGAUUGUCAAGAAGACGGGUUUUUUAAACGUAGACGGAAGCCGGGGAAGAGACAGGCCGAAUAAAAGGCCAUUAGGGGCAUACGAGGGCAUGUGGAAUGGAUAAAGAAAUAGUGACCGAUACAAUAUUAUUAUAUGUAAGGCGAUGUAGAGGCCGGAAACGGGAGCAGCGUGGAGUAGUAUAGACGGACUUGGCCCGGAUCAGAUUCGGCUGCUCUGUGGUGUCGUACGCUGUCGUUUUGGACACACGAGUUUUCCAAAUUGGGUUUUUUUUGUUUGUGUUUCGGGGAAGAGGGGACGAACAGAAAAAAAAAAACCCGCAACGCGUACCAUUUUAAUAACGUUGCAGCGUACGCACGGAGAAUGAGAACAAUGCGAGAAGAGCACGGAAAAUGACGCAAUACCGUCGUCGGUGCGGCGGCGGGUCAGGUGAGCGGUUGCGCGUGUUAUUAUUAUUUCGUUAGUUAAUAAUAUUGUGUCGUCUCUUCGGGUGUAAUAGCCUGUGUGUGCCGCCGCCGUCGUCCCGGCGGCGGUGGUGGCGACGCAGCCACGCAGUAGUAGUACGCCGUCGUCGUCAGCUGUACCGGGCCGAGAAGUCCACCGCCGCUGAUCGACGUACCGCAUUCCUCGCUCCGCCGGUCUUCGGUCGGGCGGCGGCGACGGCGGCGGCUGCACCGAAGACCUUGAGUGUACUCGCAGACAACCUUCACGGCAGAACCGGACCCUGUGGUACGCGCGUUGUCCGGUGAGAGCGCGCUCGGCCGCCGGGGUGGGAGUAACGCGCGCAGUCACUGACUCGGCCGCGGUCCCCCCUCCCCCCUCGGCAUCUCGCAGCCGCGGCCUCUUCCUUUCCCGUCGUCGGCGCUGCCGCCUGAUACGCACCGUGUACGCUUUUUUCCGCCCCGCAUCUUGGCCGGCCCCGACACUUGAUAUUAAUUACGAAAAUAUUGCCCAUUGAAGUGUUUACAUUGUCGACAUGACCCUUUGGUUUUUUAACGCUCGGAAAACAGAAGCGGGGUCGCCCGUGUAUUAAAACGCCGAACGGAAAUCCGUUAAAACUCCACUCGCAGAGCGGCGGCGGCUGCGGCUAUUGUCGCGUGUUGUUUUUCGUGGUAUCCACGCCAAAAACAGUAUUUUCGAGAUUACGAAAGACGGUGGCGCGGGCGCAAACGCAAAAUGUUGUAUUAACUACUAUUGUUGGCGAUAUUUCUGUAUAACGUCCGGCGGUUUCGUCUACAGUUUCGCCGAUGGCGCAUUUUUAAACAAUAACAAUAAUAAUAAUAUUGCUGUACGGACGACGCUAGAGCUAUACCGACACGCACGCGCGUGUGCAUUCGCCGCGCGCACCACCGCGGAGAGAUUCUUCUCCAGUCACCGGUUGCCGCCGCCGCCGCCGUAAUCGUAUCUCGUAGUGUCGUGGUACUCGUUAUAUAGCCGACCACCGCCUUAGUCGUCGUGUGCUCGCCGCGAACGUGUGCGUGUGUACGGUCUUUAAUACCUGUUGCUCUCUGUGUGUACGCGUCUCAGUGCUGCGCGCCCGCCGCAUUCCGAAAUCGCUCAGCCGUCGGCUCGGACGUCGAUCGCCACCGCCGCUAUAAAACAAAAUAAACGACUUUUGUUUCGCGUUUUACCAGUCUGUCGUUCGGCGGCGUCGUCAGUGUCGGUGAGUACGCGAGUGUCGAUUUUCGGUUUUGUUUUUUAACGAUUUCGUGUUAACCGUGUGUCCGUAUACAUUCAAAAUUGAGCGUUUGUGCGCGUCCGGUGUGUUCCUCGACCCCCGAGGAUGCUAUAACGGGUCGGAGACUUCUUGCAGCGUAGACAUGGACGUUCACAGGGACUACGGGGAACGCGUGUCGCCACCGUUGCCUCAACUACAACUACAGCAGCAACAGCACCAGCAGCAACAACAGCAAUUUUUACCGCAACACCAUCUUCUCCAGCAACAACAGCAGCAACACCAACAACUGCAGCAGCAGCAGCAACAGCAACAGCAACAACAGCAGCAACAGCAGCAACAACAACAACAACAACAACAACAACAACAACAACAACAACAACAACAACAACAACAGCUGCAGCAACAACAGUUACCACAGAACCAGCAACUAGUGCCGCCCCCCGCCUCGCACACCGAUCAGGUACUUAUCCAAUUAUAUGAUACUACUGCUCGGUGCAGUUCUGUCCGUCUGGCCCGCGUGUCUGAAGUCUGAAGAAGUCAUUACGACAAUAUUGUAAGGUUUCUGUUGUUCCUGGCACCGGCGUUUUUCUUUACUUAUCGUGGGCGUACUAUUAUGUCGGUAAACGCACGUUUCAAUAAUAUCCCGUCUGAUCUUGCGUUCGUUACGUUUUGAACGUGUCGCGUCGGUAACGUUUUCGCAUAAUUAAGUAAUAAACCACGUAACCGGUAAUAUCAUUGAUUUGAAAAAGUUUCAUUCGAAACCUUAAGUAUAAAAUAUAAUUCGUCUUGGCAUUUACCCGUCGUUUGAAUUAGAGGAAGCGGAGUGUCUUUUUUUUUUGACAAUUAUUUUCGGCUUGUAUAUCCUUUUUAAUUUAACAUUUUUGGACAUAGAGACGUUUAGAUCUUUGUGCGCCCACAUUUGUCUUUAGUUUGUACACUUUCGCGCGUCUCCUUUUCUAAUGGAUUAUCGUUUUCUAAUUCAAGCAACGCGCAUUCGCCUAAAUACACCUUAUCCUAAACGGCCGAUUUGGAUUCUACUCGUCCGUUAUAGUAAGUUGGUGACGGCGUGUUAAAUUAGAAAAUUGUUCAUAUCCACACCGUGUAACCGAUGAAUUCGUAACGAUAAACGAAUCAUAUUCACGUUUAUCUACGUGCGAAUAUCGUACGUUUUAACAAAAUAAUUACAAUUUUUAACCCUAUGAACGUUAACAUUUUAUGUCGUAAUAAAAUUAUUAUCUUUGAAUAUUACAAUAAUAAUUUUAACGUUAUUAAAAAAAAUAGACUACGACGAUAAUAUUAUGUAUAGUGGACGCGUUAUCGGUAUAUAGGUAUUACGUACAUAUUUUAUGAACGUGUUUUUCUUUCUUUUCUUUUUUCACACCUCUAUACCAUCACGGAACGAAAACCAUAAUCUUGACGCGGUAUCGUCACGUAUAAUAUCGUACAGGUGCUACAGAAGUACCUGCGCCUGUAUCACAAUAACACGAUUCGACAAUAUCUUAAAUCCAAGUCACGCCCCGUCCGAACACGUAUGGCACUAUAUUAUUAUGUUGUAUAGUAGGUAGCAGGGAUGGCACGCAAAACGCACCUGUUGUCGCCGCCCGAGGGUAGUAAAUUAAUUACACCCCCCUCCCAAAAAAUAAAAAAUAAAAAUACAUAUAUAAAUAAAUAAACCGUCAUGUACGAACAGGUUUAUAAAAAGGACCGGGCAACGAAAUCCUUUGGAGUAUAAUAUUUUCGUCGUUGUUUACUAUAAUAUUUUAUCGUUAUUAUCUAUUUGCCGAGCGCCACUCGUCCGUGUCGUCGUAUAUUAUUAUUAUACGCACCGAACGAAAUGAAUUACGGACCGCGAUUUUUUAUAACAUAUUUCGUAUACGAACCGAGAGAUGGAGGGGGAGGGGCGAGGAGGAAAAGAAAAAAAUAUAUUGAUCGUUCGGUGAAUAAUACGCUCGGCGUUUUCACGUGGGAAGGUCACAUUUCUUGGAUUCUAUCCUAAUCGUAUGCAUAACGCAGUCGCAGCGUGUUAUAUUAUAGUAGUAUACCUGCAUUUACCGUGUAUUCGUACAAGUAAUAUAGUGUUGUCAUUGUUGUAAUAAUAUUAUGCUCGCAUCGAUCACAUACACGAUUUCCCUGGCACCGAGUCAACGGAUAAGUAAAACGCACUCGCAGGUAUUAUUAUCUAUAUAGGGGUACCCAACACGUUGAUAUUACGGGAGUGUGAGAGUAUUUUGUAGUCUAUAGUGUAUAUUAUGAUAAAUUUCGUCACUCUCGGUAUCGAUGUACUCAGGGCCGGAUUUUGGUUUGUGGGGUGCGGCCCCAGGACCCGUAUCAGAUAGUGGCUCUGUGCGUGUGGAACGAAUUUAAAAACAAAUUUGCUAGGGCUUUCGGGCUCGUAUCCCUCAGGCCCCCCCUUAAAUCCAGCCUUGGCUAUAGUGCAUUAUUCCUGGAACGAAAUUGAGUUAUUUUUUUUUUGUUAUUCGUUCAAUUUUUAUUUCUUUCAAUAAGGAACACUUAAAGAGUAUCUCUUUUUUUUUUUUGUCUUCGGUCUUCGAUUUUUUUUUCAAAUUUACAAUUCGACAACCCCAUAGAUUUGAAAACCCGUUUGCUCCUCGAGGGGGUGUUAACUUUAAACAACUCUUAAAUCACCGAUAUACACAGACAGAAAAAUAGGUUACCUAUAUACCUAUUAUAUUAAAAACAAAAAAAUUAGAAUUGCUUAUAUCGCGAAUUAUUAUUACCUGUGGAUUUAAAACUUCGGUAUCAGUAAUGAUUUUGACUAUUUAAUCUGAUAUGUACUAUAUUUUGAAUCAAAUUAAUUUUAAGAAUUUGAAAGAUAACGUUCAUAAUAAACCCCUUGGGGUGCGUUCGAGAACUCGACAACAACAAUAAUGGGUUGAAGGUUUUUCCCUAACGAACUUCCUUCCGAGCCGUUGGGACCAACGGGUUGGUUAGGUUUUCUUUUACCGAACGGGUAUUCCGGAUGACACGGAUAAACACUGUGUCGUAUUAAAUAUCCAGAAUAAAACGCACUCAAAUGACCCGUGGUUAUUUCAGGGUGAAACAAGGUAUCCGUGCUCGGAUGGCUGACGACGCCAUUUUUCGUCUAAUGCCUACUAUAUUAUGCGCUUUUGAUAAUAGCCUUCUAAAACUUUGGUUUUUUUUCCACCAAGACUAACAAGACAAUGCGCGUGCUAGCAAACAAUUAUUAUUAUUGUAUUCGGGAGUCGAAAUUAAUUACGCCUACGGUCGACUAAAAUAAUAUUAUACUCGUACUUUGUUCUAACAAUGGUAAAAUUUUGAUCGUGUACCUAUUUUAUAUUAUUACUAUACGGAGUUUCCACAUAACUAGAUCUCGGGUAAUUAUUUAAUUAUUAACCGUCAUGUAGGUAGGAACCAUUACAGAACCGGACAAACGCCAUUUUAUAAAAACAUAAAUAAUUAUGAGUUUGUCUUAAUAAAAUAAUAAUUAAAAGGGUGUCGCGUGUAGUUUAGUGGGCUGCAGCCGUUUUCCCGUGGAGGUUUUCCGGUUUUUUUUUUUUUUUUAGAGAAAAUGAAAUCACAAUUAGGUUAAUAAUAAACAAAAAUACUAUUAGUACAAAAGAAAGAGAGAAUUACCUAGUUUAUGUUGGCCACGAGUGUGAGGUAUACUAAUGCAUGCCGAGGGCAGCCAACGCUAACUAUGCGUUAUCAAUUGUUAUCAUUGUUAUGAUAGCUAAUGGUCCGUCUGUGUUUAUAUUUCAUACGAUUUUUAGAUCAAAAUUGAGCCGUGUUGAAGGGCGAAAUUAUAAUGAUAGGUGCUAAUAAUCAGGGUUAGGCGGUAUUCAGUAUGGCCGUGUAUCAAAGAUACAAUUAUAUUAUCUUGAACAAGAUCCUUCUGAUAAGAAGUUAUUAGGGUAUUAAGUAUAUUUCUGUGUUAAAAAAUACAAGAUACACAACAAUUUAUUAAAAUAAUAAUAAUAAAAAAAAAAUAUUUCCUAAUUUUCAUUUGAAAUUAAUGAAAGCUAUUUUAUAAAUACAUGUUUUCAUCAAAAUAUUAAAAUUCGGUGGAUUCCAAAUGAUGUAAAUAACUUUAAAAAUGAAAAUAACCAAAACAAUUCAGAAUUUAAUAUACGAGUGUAUUAAAUGCCAAAGAAAAUAUUAUUUAUGAAACGAAUGAUAAAACAAGUUUCGGAAGACAAUUUUUUUUUCACCAUAUUCUGAAAGUAAACAAUCCAAAUAUUGAACUAAAACUACUAACGUACUUUAAUGAUAAUAAUAAGUCCUUACAUUGCAUACACAAUUAUUUAUCCAUAAGGAGACAUGUUAUAUAACUUCUGCUUAUAUGCCCCUGUCGAACAUUCUCUUGGUAUUCUCUUUUUUAGGUUUGCGCGUUCGCCAUGCAGAUUUAUCUAGUAAAAUAUUUGAUAUCUAAUUAAAUAUUUUUUUUUAGAGCAAUCUUUUCAACAUAAAUAACAUUUAAACGUAAAAUAAGUCUUUAUAAUGUUAUUUAAUUUAUUAUAGUGAAUUCUAUAAAUAUAUACAAAUUAAAAAAUCGAAUGCAUCUUAAUCUUUUCCAGUUCUGUAAUUCAUCUUUUCCAACCCUGGUGCUAAUAUUGUCGUAUUAUUAGUUCAUAAUUAAAUAUUUUUAUUAAGUAAAAAUUAAAAAUUCACAAUCAGUCUCCAUAGCUAUGUAAAGUUCUGAACACUCAUAUGCGGAGCACUGUUUAAUCUACAUAUCUACAUUUGAAUAAUAUACAUUUUUUUUUUUCAUUUGUCAAUAAAAUAAAGAUUACUCAUGUACAAAAAGUAAACUCAUAUAAAAAAAGAAAUGUUCUUCACAUAGGAUAUUUUUUUAUUUUUUUUGUUACCUUUUCUGAUACCCGUAUUUUUUCUUGAUGUAAAUAUUAUUUCAAAAUAAGUACUAGGUAUACUACCGCUUAGUGCCUUUGUCCAAUUCAGCGAACCGAGUCGCCGUCUGUCUCUCUCUCAUUCUUUGAUUUACUGAUGUUUUCUUCGUCAUAUAUAACGAGACGAAUAUUGUACUCGUUAAUAGUUUAAGGUUAUUAUAUAUUGUACUCCUGCACUCGUAUUAUAAUAUACCUACCUACUAAUCAUUGGCGGAUAAUAUUAUUUUUGUGAAAAUAAACACACACACACGAAUUGUAUAAAAAGUAUCGCCCAUGUUCGUAGAUUAUUGUGAUUAUAUUGUACUGCAGUUGCAGUGUUCCGUGAAAAAAGCGGCUACGACGACGGUUUUUAAUAGACCAGUUUAUUUAUUAUAUUAUACGUGCACAACCUGUUGGGACAUCAUGCGAACUAUUCAAUUCCCUUUUGGCCGAUGAAUCAUGGCGUCUCUCGCAUACCUUCGGUAUACUUUUAUGUACAUAACCGUUUUUUUUUCUUCUAGAAAUAAUAAGUAACAACAUAUUUGUUAUUAUAUUACCUUUGAAAAUUAACAUUCUAUGUUUCCUCAUCGUCCCGGUGUUUUAAUAAUAUUAUGUAUUUUCAUCGUUACUAUAAUAAUUACAAUUAUUUUGUUUCGUCACGUUUCCUUUGGGAAUUAUUGGAAAUAGCCCGAAAAAUUUGUUUUUUGUUUUUUUUUUUUACUGUAUCUAAACUGGUUACUUACUGCACAGAUUGCGUGUUUGUGAUUCAUCUGUAAACCGUUCGUUUAGUCAUGGUUGAUGGUAACGAUCCCCGCGGGGUCGGACCAUAUAAUAAUAUAAUAAUAAUAUAUAGCAUAUUAGCGUAUAGCGAUUCGUAAUUCGCAUUGCAACUAUUGUAUAAAAAAACGAGAAAGAGUUAAUUGUCCGUUUGUUAUUUAAUACUUUUGAAUUUUCCGUUAAAUGUCCGUAUACCUUAAUAAUAUAAUAUAGUGACUCGACUGUUGGGAAUUAAAUGUGUAAAAUAUUUAAAACUCGUUCUGUCUCGCAUAUAGGUAUACCGGGUACCUAUCCUAUAUUAUACGUACACGCGUAUAUUUAACGGUUUCCACUCGAAUGUUCAAAAUAAAACAACAAACACGAUAUCACGCAGUGUUACCAAUCACAGAGAUGAAUAUAUUAUUGCUUUUUUUUAUUAUUUAUCAAACGAACUUCUCGACCUUAGGGUUAUAUUAUGAAUAAAGCAAAUUAUUCGAUAGAAGAUGACGUUAUAAAAGACGACGGACAAAAUAUUAUAUUAUUAUGUCUCGGACAUCAUAUUUUAUGAUGUACAUCGUGUCACGUUAUAUUAACAAUUAUAUUACAUGUAUUUUUUUUUUUUUAAAUAUAUACUGAGCUAAUCGAGGAAUGUAUUGGUUUUUUCUUUCUGUGUACGACUUUUCUGUCGGAAAUCUUGCUUUGGCAUUCGUGUGUAUAGUGUCUUUUCCAAAAAUAAUUUUUGUCGAAGUUAAAGCAUUAGGAAGGUGUUUUUUAAUUUUCCUAAUAAUUUAUUUUUGCGAUAACAGUUCCUAUACACAAGCAUAUAUAAUUAAAAUUUUCAAAACGUUCUGGCGAUUUUCAGCUAUUUGGGGACAUUUGAUAUUUUCGAGUUUUAUGUCGAUACAAUCGAUUUAGCUGAGCAAUAAUGUUUGGGGUUCAUCAUAAGUCUUGAAUAGCGGUAAAAAGUGCUGUAAUGUAGUAGUUUUUUUUUUUUUCUAUAUUAUAGGCUUGGGUUUUAAAAUUAAAACGUUGAAAAUCGUAAAAAUCACGGCAUUCCAAAACGCGUUUAAUCGACAUUUGAUCCGCCUCAGAAUUGUUCUUCGUUACGUUAACGAUUUAUCGUUAAAAUAUAAAUCAAAUACCAUAAAAACGUUUUUUAAUAUCUUCUUCCCGCCCAAUAACAGUGGCACGCUCGUAUCGGCUGCAGUAUUUAUCGGCUUUUUUAUUUUUAUAAUUAUUGUUAUGUAUUAUAACGUCGGGCUGUAAAAGUUGACGAAAAGAAGAACAUAACAUUAUAUAUGUCUAUAUUAACAAUAUUAUAUUUUAUGAUUUUCGUGACGUAACGUCCAGUGCGGUAUUAUCGGUCUUACGCGGUGUAUUAAAAACAGAUUAAAAAACGAAACGUGUCUCUUGCGAUCGCAUUAUUAUUAUUAUUAUUAUUAUUAUUAUCGUCUCUAUACGUAAUAACAAUAAUAUUAAUAUAAUAACGUCCCCCGUCCGUUAUUGGAUAUUUUCGCCGCCGUCAAAACGUACGAGUAUUGUUAUUAGUAUUAUUAGUAUUAUUAUUAUUAAACAUUUCAAUUUGUUUUUGUGUCGCACUUAUCUCGGCAACACGUGUGGUGAUUUUUCUUCUGGACGUGCGUUCGCGACGCUGUAACAAAUAUCACGUACCCGCACGAAACGUUAUCACGAUUAUAUUAUUCCCCUCCGAUUUUUUUCGAACUAGGCUAAACGAUAUCGCGGGCACGAUGGUCACUGGUUAAUACCAACGCGUCCAUAAUAAUAAUAUAUUAUAUUAUAUUGUACCGUUGUCGGACGACAAAAUGCAGAUUUUUUUUUUCUUUCCCCCCGAGAGUCUCUAUUUGCAGUUUACUAGGUCACAAACGCGGUAGCUAUAUAGGUAUAAUAGAUAAUGUACCUGUAGUAUUAUAGAGUCGACGACGUAUUGUUUUUAUACUUCUCUUUUUUUGUUUUCGCGUACGUGCUGCGCGCGUACUGCAGUUUCCGCGCCGGACAAUAUAAUUUUUUAAUAACCGACAGUGACUAAGGCGUAAUAAACGAAACUACAAAAAAAUCGUGCAUAAAUGUACGUUCCAGGAAUACGAACUGUUAGGUCAGACUAUAUACUUUUUCGGAUUUCAAUCUUCUUCAUUUGAAAUGUACGAAAAUUCGACGGAGAAAAUUUCUAAAAAUCAUACAGAACUAAAUUCGUGUUAAAAAAAAUAUAUGUAUAUAUGGCCCGACCGUUCGACACAGUAAAUUCUAAUCCGUUUUCAGAAUAUUAUUCUUAUCGUUUCGUAACACCGAUCAGUUCGACUGGUUGCCGUAAAAUUAGUCUAAAUCGCUAUUACGCUGAGUAUGUGUGUUAAGGCAAAGAAAGAAAAUAUUGGUAUAUCCAAUUCACCUGAGAGGACGUGUUAUUCGCGUGUACUGUCUCCGUCUUACCGACGUACGACAUAAAAAAUGUGCGUUCAGCAGAGACAAUAAUUUUGUGCUGUUUUUUUUUUUUUAUAUUGAAGUGAAUUUACCCACAUGAUAAUAUAAUGUCAUUAUCUGUGCAACUACGUCGGUUUCUCUUUCGGUAUUUUAAUUUUUAAAAGUGAUACGAGCAAUGUGAAAUAUCGCAAUUCAAAAAUGCUUAUAUUUCGCUUAAAAAUUAAAAAAUACGACGCAAUUACACAGAUAAUGUCAAUGUUCUUAUCUUUAAGUUUGAUAAUAGGUCAAUACACGCUCUAAUAUUAAAACUAACAGCAUAAAAGUGUCCCUGCCGGAUUGUCUGUGUAGUGAGACGGAAACAGCACAUGCGGGUACCACGUCCUCAUAACCGUAGUUUUCGUUUUAACGAGUGGAUAUUGUAUUAUUAUAUUUGCUCACAAUAAUAAUAAUUGUGUAUGAAUACACAUUUUUUCGGUGUGUUUAAAAUUAUAUCCAAUUAUACCAUACGCAAUUGUUCUGAAACAAUGACCUACAACUUUCAAUUAUUAUAUUUAUUAUGUUGUGCGUGUUUAAUUGAUAUAUACAGUUAAACGUCGCAGCGUUAAAAGAUUAUGCCAAUUAUAAUUAUUUAAAAUUUUAAUUUUAAUUCGUGUGUCUAUUUAGUAUACGUACCGGAUAGCUGCAUUUUAUGUCUUCUCUUUUAUAAUACUGCGCAUAUUAUGUACAAUAAUUAUUGUAUAAACGCAACUAGUUAUUUUCCGUUCCAUUUUGCUUUCGCAUUUUUACCUAAAAAUACCCUGUAAACAACGUCGGGAUAAUUUGUAACGGAAAUUUGUGUAAAAAACGUUCGCCCGAGACGAAAUCCAAAGCCUACGUGUAAUUGUCUACUCGACCAAAAUAAUUUAACGAACGCUAUUAUAUGAUACCGUAUACAUAUGUAGUUUUAGAUGACAUCUUGCGUGUGUAAAAUAACGGGAUUCAAAAAAACAAAAUUUGAACAAAUAAUACAAUUUUGAGUUAAAUCAUUUUUACUUGUCGAGUCUGAAGAAACUAUUUAACAUUAUUACUUGCAUUUGUUUAAUAAUUUAUUGACGAUAGAAAAAAAAAAAUGAACGGCAGGUAAGUAUAAUCGGUCAUUAUUCGUAUACGAUCAUUUAGGUAAUAGUAAAAACUUUGUGGAUGAAGUAUUUUAGUUUGUUAUUAACCGCACGGUAUCAUUAAUUUUAGUACGUACAAAUCGGUGUCAAAUAUUUUUACUAACUCGAUAUUCCGAACUUGACUAUACUAGCAAUAACCUCAAGAGAGUAUUUAUUCAAAUUUGGUUCCCCAACCCCCUCCCGGUUUCGCAGUACAACGUAGAGUUUGUUCUAUAAGGGAAUACUGAAUAUAAUCAUUAUUCAGGCAGUGGAUGGAUAAUAAACACCGGUGCUCAAGAGCUUCCGUAGCCCAACCACUUUGCCACCAUCAAAUUCUGUUGUAUGGGUAUAAAUGUGCCGACGAUCGAGGAUACUCGAGGUAUUUCAACAGAUUACGUCAUCGGUGAAAAAAAUCUCUGAUGUCACACGCGAAUAGUUAUUGUUUGACAAUCUCAAAACAACCGGAUAUACCAUCGCAUACUCCUGUUUAUACCUAUAGAUGUUAUAAUCGCGGUUUCAACAAACAAUUUUCGUAAAAUAUUUAAGUUAUAAUCUCGUUACAGUAUAUAACAGUUAUUUAACGGCGUUUAGGAAUCAAACAAUACAUACAAUGUUUGCGUUCCUUUAUCAUAAGUUUGCUAAAAACGGAAUUUUGCGCGUGACCUACGUAAAUUCCAACGAAAUAUCGUCGAUCUGGUUUGUAUAAUAUUAUGUGUAUACACAGAUAUAUAUCUUAAGAGGAUUGGAAACGGUGAUUUUCUAUUUUUGUUUUAAACGCGUGCAAUAUAGGAAUUUAGACGUGUUCAAUUUUCAACGUAUCAAAUUGUUCUAGUAAAGUGAUAAGAAUUCUACAACAAAAAUGUUGCAUUUGUCGUCAAGUCUACUUGAGAUUAUUUAAGAUACUUUUCCCAUUUAUUUUUUUUAUUUUUCAAAAAUUAAAAAUAUUCCAUUUUUACUACUUAAUUUUUUUUUUUUUUUUACUUUGGGUUUUUUUUUUUAAAUUUAGGGAGAUAAAAUCGAAAAUGUGGGAAAGUCGACUUCAAGUUGACUUGACGACAAAUGCAACAUUUUUGUUGUAGAAUUCUUAUCACUUUACUAGAACAAUUUGUACAAAUUUGUGAACAAAUCUAGUUUCAAAAUUCUUAUCGCUACACUGGACUAAUCGAUAUGUUGGAAAUGAAACACGUAUAAAAUCUUAUGUUGCAUAUUGUGUAGAGAACGAAGACAGAAAAUCACCAUUUCCAAUAGGCUUACGCGUAUAGCUUAUAAGCUCUGAAAUGUCUUUUUCGAAUGCCGCGUUCUCAUGUGGACGCAAAAAUGUUUACUCCUGUCAAUUUAUUUUAAGAUUCGUCCUCAACCUCGUACCCUUUCGUAAAAAAAAAAAUAAAUGCAAUAGUGUAAUGCACGCCUUAUUCAAGAAUGGCGACCGGCCAAUAUAGAUAAUUACAAUCAAUGUCGCUUUCAUUUGUCCUCAGGGCUCUUAUAUGUGACCCUGUUUUUUAUGUAUACACGUAUCGACUACACCCUAUAGUGCAGCAAUAAACAUUUACACACCGUGUAUAAAUUUUUUUUUUUUUAUAAUGUGACUUUCACGUAACCCAUUAGAAUAUAUUAUUAUAGGUAGGUAUAGAUAGUAUAAUAGGUAUACCUGCAUAUUAUUAUUAUUGUUUUUAGAUUAUGAGCGUAGCGACGAAUGUAUCGGUAUGAUGUAUGUGUGUGUGUGUGUGUGUGUGCGCGUGUUUUUCCUAUCGGUACACAACUUUUUUACCAUAAAUCUUGCUUCGGUCUUCAAGUGUAGUAUAUUUUCUGAAAGCAAUUUUUAGUUUUCUUAAUAAUUGAGAUAAAACGGCAGAAUGCUGUAUGUAUUGAAACCGGUUUGGUUUCAAUUAUUAUACUUAUAUUUUCUGAACGUGGUUUGUGACAUUUUCAAACAUUUUAGCAACUUAUGAGCUGGUUAAAGCUUCAACAAUUGUUGAGUUUUAUUUAAUUUUAUGCAAAUAAAAUUGUGUAUACUAUACCAAAAAUAUUUAAAAAUUCAACAAGGUUCAUCGAUUUGGUAUGUAUAGUGGUAAAAAAAAAAGUAUUCAUUUUUUCGAUAAGCUUUUUUUUUAGCUCAAAUUCUGACGAAAAUCAUAAAAAUCAUUGCAUUCCAAAACAUGUUCAAACGAACUUCGUUCAGAAUUAUUUUUCGUUACGUUAAUUAUUUAUCAUUGUAUACAGAUAUAAAUCAAAUAACUCUAUAAGCGUCCUGGUACCUUUCCAACGUCCCGCCUACCACAGUAUCACACCCGGCAUGCUAUUGGCCGUAUAUAUCAGCUUUUUUUUGUUUUUUAAUCAUUUCUGCGUCGAUUUUACGAGGGGUCGCGACGACGACGUUGCGGUUUUUUUUUUAAAAAAUUUUUUUUCAAUUGACUCGGAGCGCGCUGAAGUUUGCAAAAAUCGUCGUGUUGACCCCCGUGACCGCUGGGUACACGGUUAUUAUUAUACAUAGACGCGGUUUAUACAACGAGAAAGCGUUCGUGGAAAAUAAAAAAAUACGAUCGUCGUCUUCGUAUUAUAAUAAUAAUAAUAAUAAUAAUAUUAUUAUAGGUAUAUUACCGCAGCGGCGUCGGCGUCGUUGUGUUACGAUUCUACCGUGGUCGGGGGGAGGGAUCGGGGGAAUGGAAAAAAUAAAAUUUGCAUUAUCAGUUUUUACGAUUAGGCAGGAAAAUAAUAAAUUGUGUUGUGCGUGUGUGCGCGCGCGCACAAAACUUACUCAGUAGAGAGAGAGAGAGAGAGAGAAAAAGAAAAAAAACCGCAUUCCAUGUGGUUAUCUCAUCUCGUGAGCUCAGAAACAGCGCGCGUUGCUCGGUGUACGGUGGUGGUGCCGCGCGUGUAUUAUAUUAUUAUUAUUAUACAGUAGGACUCCCUGUUUUGCCGGUCGGAAACCAGUUCCCAAGGACGCGCGCGCAUGCUUAUAAUACCGUCGCUAUACGAUAUUAUAUUUUAUAUAUACACGCGGGUAUAUUAUAUACUUUCAUUUAAUUAUUACAAAAAAUCGAAUAAAAAAAAAAAAAAAAAAAAAAAAAAAUCAAAUCGUAUUCGUAUCGUAUUAUGUUAUAAUAUAGCGGUUGCGGUGUAUAAGGCGGCGCACGUACAGAUGUAAAUUAUACGAAAUUGUUGUAUACGACCCGUAGAAACGCGUAUGCCUAUAUAGAUAUAAUAUGUUAUGUGUGCGUGUGUGUGUGUGUGUAGAAAGGCAGACAAGUUCCUCCGUGUAUUUGGUUUGUCACUGUGGCCCGUGCUGCUGCAUCAUCGGUAUAAUAAUUGUAUAGUUUGAUAUAAUAAUAUUUGUGAUGGGCACGACCGAACUACGGCGUUUUACUAUUGCACUGUGUUCGAUAGGUUCGAAAACUGCUUCGAAUCGCUAUGGUAUUCGGUUACGGGAAAAACGAUUCGAUUGUUUUUUUUUUUUGAAAUAUUCGUUAUAGUCUUUCCGAAUAAAAGUGCCGGGAAAAAAACAAAUAUAUUAUCCUAAUGAAAUAUUCAAUAGUUUAAGUGGACGUUUUACCCGCAUAUACUGUCUUAGUCCAACUACCGGGGAACCCGCAAAAACAAUUCUUACGUAGAAUAAGUAAAACUAGCUUAGUUUUGAUUUUGGAGUAAAAGUACCUUUUAUGAAAUGUAUAGAGAACAAUAUUUUGGAGGUGAUAUCAAAGGUGUUUUUUGAUUGUAUUUUUUAUACCGAGCUUUAUAUUUUGAAUAGUGCAAAAACCCUGUGAUAUUUGUUUCGAAAUAUUGUUCUCUAUAAAUUUCGUUCUAUGUACUUUUACUCUAAAAUCAAAAUUAAGCUAGUUUUACUUAUUCUGCGUAAGCAUUAUUUUUGCAUGUUACUCGGUAGAUAUACUUGAGACAGUAGAUGUGAGUAUAACGUCAUCUUGAUGAUUUUUUGAUAUUUUUAUUUUUAAAUAAGAUAUAAGUAUGUUAAAUAUCACAAUUUAAAAAUGAUUAUAUCUUGCUUAAAAAUUAAAAUACCGAAAAAAACAUCAACGCCAGGGCAAAUAUAAUCUUCUUACCUUUAAGUAUGGUAAUAAGUUAAUUUGCUUUAAUAUUAAAACUGACGGCACAAAAUGUGUCCUACUGAACGUAAAUUUGUCAUGUCUCGCGUUUGUAAGAUGGAAACGGUAGAUCUCAGUGUGGUGUUUUCUUAAAGAGAAACUAUUCGGAAGUGUGUGCAUUUACUAACGAUAAUAAUGCAACGGAGUCAUCCCAGUAUGGUAUCAUAAUAAAGAUUAUUACGUCGGGGGUUUCCAAAAGCUUUUUGGAUCGCUGCUUCUUAGGACAACUUCAUAUUGUUUUAAUUAUUAUUUGAACGUAAGUGAAGCGUAGUGCUCGAACUAAUUGCAUUACAAAGUUACUGAAAUCGAUUGCAUUAUAUUGCUCUAAAAAUGGUCUGUUUAAUUAACAUAAAUAUUAUGUAUUGCAAUAAACAUAACAAUAAUUUUAAGAAAAAUCGGUAUUGCUUACAGGGUUAGGCCUCUACAGCUGUAAACGGGCAUAGUUGGAAAGUGGAAUAUAACUGCAGGGUAAUUCAGUUUUUAACGAUAAAUCGUUGCAAACGAAAAACGAUCGUGAGCAGAGUAGUGUUUUUUCUUUGUUGCCAUAAAGAACCCGGGAAUCAAUAAAAAUCAAAAACAAAAUAAUAGAACAUAGAGAACGAACUGCUGAAAAUUUCAAUAAAUGUUUCAAUUAAAGUACCACUGGGCAAAAAAUCUUCAUCUUUAAGUCAUGACACUGACAAAUCUGAGCAUUUCUAAUAACCGAAAAAAUCUUUUCCUAGAGAAAAAAAAACGAUACAAUUUAAUUUCAAAAUACACGUUAGCUGAACAAUAGUUGAAAAAUAUUAAAGUUUAUAUAAUUAAAUUAAAAAUACAUCUCAAUUUUGCUUAUCGCGAAACAAUAGUUGGUACCGAACGUUAGCAUUUCAUUCAUUAUUUAACAAAAGUUUAUCCGACUUGUUAAAAAUACGCAAAAACAUAUACUUAUAUAAAAUUGCACUAAAAUCGAAAUUAGGUAUCAUAAAAAAUAAUGUAUCGAAAAAUUGCGAAAUCGAUAUAGUUCGAGCCUCAGUAGUAUGUAUCCAUACAUAGUGGCUUUCUCUAUACUAUUAUUCUCAUUUUGAAAGUAUCGGUAAGCGCAUUGUAAUUCGUAUAUUUUUCGUGUUCCACUUGGAGCCGUAUAUACACGGUUCUUUUAUCAAAUCACUGUUGUCAUUGUUGAAAGGAACUAUUUUGGAGGCCCAUGCGUCUUCCUGGUCGGGCAACCCGCGGUUACAAUUAUCAGCUGUACUCGGGUGUACUCGCACGGUGAUCGGAUUCGUGCGUUUUGAAAACAAAAAUAAUACACAAAUUUCGCGUCGAUUGUUGCGUACUGCACACGCGAUUUACGUCUAUUAAACCCGGACGUGUUUAAAUAUCGUCGUUAUACGGACCGAGGCUUAUACAAAAAUGUAAACUCGUAAGCGGAUUCGACGGAUUUUUUCGCACAAUACGGUUUUUGUUUUGCUUCCAACGUUCACGAGCCGCGAAUGUACAAUAUAAACGCAUAUUUUAAUAUUAUAUUAUUCACUUCGAUAAUAACGCGCACGCGUUACUUGUAUAUUUCAUUAUCACCUAUAUUAGGCGGAUAUUAUUUUAAAAAUACAAAAUCAUUUCGAGACCGCGCCUCCGUGUGUGCGUGUGUGUGUGUGUGUGUGUGUUUUUUUGCAUUAUCCAUAGAUACUAUACAUUAUUAUGAUAUUAUUUUAAUAAUAUCGAAUAUAACGUUAUUUAGAACGUAUGCGUGAAAAACACCGAAACGGCUAUAUUAUUAUUAUUAUUAUUGUUAUUAUUAUUACCAGCCGUGUGCGUAUAUUAUUUUGUACGCACAAAACAAAUCACGUACCUAUACUUUUAUAGUGUAUAAUGCAUAUUAUAUUAUUAUUACUCGCUAGCGCAGAACAAUAUAAUAUAAUAUAUUAUACUAAAAGUAAUUAUAAUGCAUUCGUUUUCGAUCCUAUUAUUGAGUUUUAAUUAGUUUUAAACUAUUUUUAAUGAAGCCUAUAAUAUAAUAUGCCCAAACUAAUCAUGCAUAGGCGUGUGUAGAUGUUUUAUAUCCGAUUAAAAAUUUUUUAACCUAUAUAACUAUUUUAACCUAUAACAUAACCUACUAUUAUUAUAAGUAGGCCUUCUGUGAUUGUGUUGAAAGCACCGAAAAACCUUAGAAAAAAAUUGUAGGUAUAAUCUCCGAAUAAUAAUGCACUUUAUUUUUUAUCUUAUUAAUAUUUCAACCCGGACUUGCAUAGAUGAACGAUAAUACUCGAAUAAACUUUUUAAACCACUUUUUUUCACACUUUAUCGCAUUGUUUAAGUAAAACUGUGACGGUUAAAUAAUUGUGGAAAACAAUUUGUUGACGGUUUAGAAAACCGCGAGCCACUCAAUUUUUAUUAAGCAUUUAUGUGAGUUAGGUACCUUUUCCAUUGUAUUUCCGUGUGCCGGACAUUAAAAUUCAAUAAUAUUUUUACUGUAUCUGUACAAACCAAGGCUUAUUUUUUGUUAUUUUGCAAACAGACUCGUAUUACGGAAACCCCCCACCUCUCGGCGUCAAAAUAUAAUGUACUCCCUCACCUUUUACUACCGCACUACUCUUAAACUUAAACAGUAAAUUUGUAUAGCAUGUCGAUAUUUUUUUUUUUUUUAAAUAUCGGCACGUGUUUUCAACUUGAAGUUUACCACAAAACAAUUAAUACUGAAGUAAAAUUGUCGGAUUUCAUUUCUCUUCCAAAUCUCAAAAGUUCACUACACGUAUAUUCGUUGUCCGUGUGUUUAUACACGCUAAAACAGCAGUUAUACUUGCAGUGAAUCUUAGGUUGUCCGGUAACAACUCGGAUACCAACCAAACACCUGCAGGGUCUUAUAAUGUAGGACCUAAACAUGUAUGUUAUCUAUAUCCGAAAGUUCUCUCUCUGUCUCUCUCGUUGCCACUGUUAACGUUUAACACAUAGUACUCUACGAUGCACGUAGACGACCCUAAGUUCAGUUUUCUUUAACAAUGUGUAAUGUACAACAACUACGCCCUCGAGUGUAAAAUCGGCGGUACCCCCGGCGAUUAUUACCAUCGUUGUACUGAAGUUUCGUUAAAACAUCCUGUAGGAAAUACAAACACGUCCGUCGAUAAUAAUAUACAAAUAUUGUUUGUCGUCUCGACACGACAUUGAACUUGCACCGCGUGUUGUAAUAUUACGCACAAUUAGAAAUGAAUAUAUCGCAUUAAUUAUACGCGGUCUCCCGUUACCCGUACGUAUUACCGCGCGGUGCUCGCGUUCGUUGUCUGUCAUUAUCACCGAAUAUCAUAACGGUCUAUUACCUGUUUGUCUUACUGUCCGUGUUGUGGCGUUCCUAUCUGUAUUAUUAUUGUUAUUAUUAUUAUUGUUAUUAUUACGGCGACAACGUUGGGCCGCGGUCGCUCGAUGGCUCCGCUCGCUCACGGACACCAGUAAUGAUAAUGAUAAUCGACAGAGAUAAUAUCAUUGACUACGGCGGUAUGAUAAUAACAUAUUGGUGGUCGAUUAUUUGACAACGGCCCGGGCCCCCGCCGCCGAAUAACACGGGCAGCUAUAAUGUAUAUGCCUCCACGACCCCGCGGGUUGUGCCGCGCACAACAGGUACCCGUCGAAACGUUAACUAUGCGGCGCGUUAUUAACAAUCUAUCACGACGGAAUUUAUUUACGGCGGCGGAGACGACGCGCGCCCGUGUGUGUGUGUGUGUGUGUGUGUGUGUGCCUGCAGUAUUCCGUGUCGUCUCCCCGUGCCUUGUUCUCGUUUAAACGAUGAUGAUAAUAAUCAAAAUCAAAAUCAAACUCCUAACGAAAACGUCGAUCUCCCCGUCGUCGUCUCUGUAUCCUACGUAAUAUCUAUGGUAAUAACAAUGAUAUUAUAGAGACGUAAACGAAGACGAAAAUCAGUGGACAGUUCACGAUGCAGUACCGUGUAUUCGUCGACCUUGAAAUGUUGACGAGGAAAUUAUUACUCGGGGAUACAUAAACCGAUAGCCGAUGUCGGUGCGGUAUCGGGUUUUUUUUUUCUUCAAAAACGAUAUUUGUAUCGAUAUCGUUAAAAAAAAAAAUCCAAAUAUAAUAUCAUAAAAUGUAUAGGUGUACAAUAUUUGUGUUUGUUAGUAAAAGGACAUUAGCACGGUUUUUCGCUCUCACUACAUAUUUUCUUAUUGCCGUCAUUAAGGGCAUUGGAAGCGGCGAUUUUCUGUCUUUGUUUUACCAACGUGCAACAGGAAUAUUUAGACGUGUUCUAUUUCCAACGUACCGAUUGGUCUAGUAAAGCGAUAAGAAUUCUGAAAACAGAUUUGAAUUCGUUAUCGAGUCUUCUUAAAAAUCGACUUUCUCACAUUUUCGAUUUUAUCCCCCAAAAUCCUAAAAAUGCCAUUAUAAAGGAGUAAUUAUAAACUUUCCCACGUUAUUGAUUUUAAUUUUUCUAAAAAUUAAAACAUUAAUUUUUUUUUAAAUUAUUUCUUUAGCAUGGAAUUUUUAGAAUUUAGGGGAGAAUAAAAUCAAACAUAUGAAAAAGUCGAUUUCAAGUAGACUUGAUGACAAAUUCAAAUAUGUUUUUAGAAUUCUUACUGCUUCAAAAAUCAAUCAGUACGUAGGAAAUAGAACACGUCUAAAUAUUCCUAUGUUGCACAAAGAAAAAGACAGAAAAUCACCAUUUCCUAUAUCCCCUUAACCACUAUUCUACACCAGUAUCAUUGAAUCUCAAUAAAAAUAAAACAUGAUAAUAUUCUUUUCGUGUUGAUAAGUGGUUCUUUAUAAAUUACAAUAAUUUAUUUUUCCAAUAUUCAACGAAAAUUCGUAAAAUUAUCUGGUUUGAUGUUUGUUUAUGUUUUUUCCUAUCCAAUAAUGCUUCCUUCCAAUUCUCUCCUGGUUUUACUAUUUCCACGUCUUCCUUCAGCCAAGCUUAUUAAUUUUUUUAUGAUAAUAUUAUUAUCGGUUUUUUUAUCGUUAGCAUAUUACAUCGGAUAUCGGUAAAAAGUGGUAUCACCGCUAGAGAAUCCGAGUCACGAAUUCUUGAUCUUGUUUAACCCAAUACUUAGAGCUUUCGGCGUCCGAAAAUCGGACCGACCACAGAUGAUGGGAUCCCUAUAUUGAACUCCCCACAACUCGGGUUGUUUUUUCGUUUUUGAUGAAAAUACUAACGGAAUUUAUUGUACACAUUGUAAUCUGCACACACCACAGAAGAUUUACCGAAUCUUUUCAAUUAUGAUUUUUUCGCUCAAUUUCCCAGAUUAAAACAACACUAAUCGUAUUACCGAAAUCGAAAACUCCGAUGUAUUUUAGAUUCUUAGUUUUACUAUGAUGUGUGCGUGUGUUUUCUGUUGCUGAUUUUCUGAAACUUUGUCUAGUCGGUAGCAGAGAUGGUUUUUUUUUUUGAUUUUUCUCGCAGUUUUCUAAACAAUUUACGACAAUAAAAGUUUUCGGUUAUUUUUGGAUUUCGUUAAAUGCUGUAAUUCGGUUAAAAAUACGUCGUAUAGACCUGAUAUUUUCCCAGAAUGUUUAUGUUCUUUGUGUAAACGCGGUCAAAUUUUCAAAACAUGGUGGUAAGUUCUAGCAGUUUAUAGGCAUCAUUCGUAUGUAAUUUUUUUGUGCUACCACGCCGACUGCCGCCCGCGGGGUGUUUAACGUCGUUAUAGCAUUAAUAUAUUAUUACCAUUAUUGUUAUUUGUAUUAUUAUAUUAUUGUCAUGUCCGAUUAUAAUUUUCUGAUACAUAUGUAGUCACGGUCAACGACGGUAACGACACAUACCCUCCGUGGGAAUUGAUUCGGAUCCAUUUACGUCGUCGUCGCUAACAAACAGAUAUUUUCAUUGUCGAAUUUCUUUUCGGCCGUGAACAACGAAAAUCGUUUCCUGCGCGCUAGCAUAGUGUUCAUUGAUCAUUUUUUUUUUUUUUUAUUUUCUUAUACGCGGUGCUGUAAAAUAUUUUUCUGCGACGGUAUUGUAUUGUGCGGUGCGAAUAUACCGACCACAAAUAUAAUAUUUGCGGGGGAGGGGAUCGACGUGUGGACGGAGACGCGACGUAACGUUUUGAAUUUCGUUUUUUUUUCCUCGCCAGAGAAUCGUAGGAAUUCGUGUCGCGCGUCUCCCCUCCUCUAUAAUGGGCAAUAUAAUAUCAUACUUUCGAUCUCUGGUGCUCACUCAAUAUCGGUCGGCAAUCGGUUAUUAUUAUCAUUAUUAUUAUUUAUUUUUUCUAAUGUUUUCGUUCACCGAUUACGACGAAUGAAUGAGAGCUGUCCGUCCGUCCGAGGACGGUACGCGACGCGACGUUUCUACCGCGGUCGUUUUCGUUUCGAUUUCUUUCGAUUUCGAUUUCUUUCGAUUUCUUUUGGGAAGUGAGUUUUCUAAUAAACGCACAAAAAUAUAUUAUACCGUCUUAUCUUUUCAUUUUGUUUUUCGCGUGCGAAAUUCGUAAAUUCGCCACUGGUCGAUGACGUCGAAAAUUUAAUUUUAUUGUCGUAUAGGUAGUUACGUUGACCGAAAAACUAGAUAAUAUAGAAAACGACAAAAAUGAUGACUAAAACGAAAAAAAAAUCUAUUAUCUUUAACAUUGCUCGAGGUCCUCCAAACGCGAUUUUUGUUUUUUGGAUUCUGAUCGUAGAUGCCCCGUAAUAUUUCUACCAGAAAUAUUCCUCCAUUCGAAAAAACUGUUUAAUAACAGUUCCUUUUAGUACUUUGAAUCUAAUCAGUCUAAAACAGUGGUGAUCAAUUUUUUUUUUUUAUAGAAGGUCGUAAAAAAAUAAUAAUUCUUGGCAGGCCAAGAAUUUAAACUUUUACUUUCAAAUUGAUAGAAUAUUAUAUUUUAUUGUGAGUACAGUAAAUAUGGUUAAUUAUUUAUUAUGUAUUGAUUGUUAUAAAUGAGAAAAAAAUGUGAAGUAUUAAACAUAUCUUUUUUUAAUGUUAGUGUUAUUUUUUUUGUCAAAGUUUGAUUUAAUACUCUGAUGGGUCGAGUAAUAAAUUAUCGCGGGCGGUAGUUGGUCUAAACCAACUUACCACUGGUCUAAAAGGACAUUAUUUGAUUUGACCCGUAGUAAUCAUCAAUCUUCUUAAUAAUAAUUGGCUAUCAAAACGGGUAAUUUUUUGUUAAUUAGUUAUUUUUUUGUUACGGUAACAACGGAAAACGCGACUUAUAUUAUUCCGUGCGGAAUCGUUCUUUAAUAAAUAAACUAUCGAUUUAUCGUUACACGCACGAACUAAAUUUUUUGGUUUGCCGGGUACUUAGUUGGGAAGAUAUCCUUUAUUCCCAACUACCCGUGUAUAACAGUGUAACAGUUUCCUACCCGCAUCCUAUUUUCAAGCUUGAACGUAAAAUAUGUCACCGAAACUAUUUGUUUUCGUAUAUAAUAUCGUAGGAUUCGAAAUUAACUCCGUUUAGCAUAACCAGUUUGUGUAAAUACCCGUAUACCAACUUAUAUUAUAUUUUGUACAUAGAAAGUAAAGGCGUCGUGACAUUUUCAUAAUUAAUUUGUUUGUGGCGUGCAGCAACAAUAAAAUCUUCAUUUUUUUGUUGUUAUUAAUCGCUAAAAAAACGUUUUUUUUUUUUUGGUCCUUACUAAAACGUUUUGAAUAUUAUUCAUCCGCAAACUCGCGACACACGACUAUAAAAUACAUCGAAUACCGCCGCUAUACGUAUUUAUUUUUUAUUUUUUAUUAUCUCGUUUCGUUUGUUUUUUUUUUUUAAAUUUCGUCUGAAGAAUAAACGAAUCCGUUAAAAAUUCUUCGGCGUAGAGUUUUUUUUUUUUUAUCAAUUCAAUGGUUCCGAUUAUUUGAAUGUUGUAACGAAUACACUGUACUAUGACGUAUACAGCGAUCACAGUGAAACAAAACAAAUCAAAUGUGAUUAGAAAAUAUUAUGACUAGUCAAUUCGACAUUUUCCAAAACUUUUGUUAUGCGUUCGAUAAUUUGACCUUGUGAUCGAAUACGCGCGUUAAACGAAAACAUCGCGUAUCUUAUUAAUAUUAUCAUUCCUCCUCUCCCCCCCCCCCCCCNNNNCCCCCCCCGACAUCUAUAGAAUAUAUUACGUGAAUUAAUAAGACUGUAUAAUUUUUUUUCACUGUGGCACUGUGUUACACCUAUUGAUUAUUAUUAUUAAUAGUUCGGUCUCGCGACGGAUAAAACCGGUCGACAGCGUUGGUUCGAAACUCUCGAUAAUAAUAUUUUCUAACUGGUUUAAAAUGGUAUUUUUUAUGAAUCAAUAUUCGUGUUUACGCGUAUUUUAUUUUGGCUGGUUCGUCGACCUAUCCGAACGCUCGUUGUUUCCGUCGAAUUCUAUAUUACAUCAUAAUAUCAAACGUAUAAUAAUAUAUUAUUCGGUUUUUUACGACAAUAUUCGGUUGCUUGCGUUUGCGUGGAGUUAAAGAAUAUUCGACUUAUUUUGGAAAUAUCGGAUUGCUGGGGUACUUUUGAGUUGAACGUAUUAAUUUGUCUUUAUUUUCAAACAGAGUUAUUUACAAUAAUUAUAUAGGCGUAAGCGAAUACGCGAAUCUUUAUAGUAAAAUCUUCUAACAUGCCCUUCGGUUUUAGAUUCGGGGCGUAGCGAGGGAUCUAUUGGUUCUACUAUAUAUUUUAUUUUUUUGCUUUAUACGAGUUCAAAAAUAAACAAACUUAAGGAACCGCGGUUAGUGGAUUUUUACAUAUCGUUUAGAAUAUUCUUAAUAAAAUUUUAUAUUCAAGGAUUUGUGCACGACGGUUUUUUUCCUCGCUCUUCGCUCAAAACACGCUUUACAGGAAAAUCUCUCGUAUGCCUCGUAUAAUGAAAAGAUUUAGAACGAAUUUUUUCUUUUUUCGAUAAAAAAGUGUAAAACUUCCUACGAUGCAUUGGUAUUCGAUUUUUUUAUUAUAUAACGUUUAAAGAUGUAAUUUUUAAAAUUUAAAUCCAAUACGUCCAAUGUCUUAUUUUUUUCAACUAGACAAAAAAGAUUAACGAGAUCGGUUCAUUCUACGAGUCAUUAGAAUUUGUUUUCCUGUAAAGCUUUUUUUUUUUUUUAGAAAACAAAUUGCAGAGGCCCUUUAAGCAACGUCGUCACUAACAUAGUAUUUUGUUUACUAAUUUGUCUGUCUCCCGCGUUACAAAAUAUAACAACAAAAGCAAAGAAUAUAAUAUUCACUAUGGAUACCUACUAAAAUAUAUAUUUUUUGUUCAAAAUUUUCGUUUCUUAAUAAGUUAUUAUCGGAUAAAAUUAUGAGAAAUUAAGUAGAAUCAAAACACGCUACACACUUACAUAAUAUAUAUUGAUAAAAAAUCCCUUUGCCCUAGUACUCAAUUUCACGAUCCUAGAAAUGCGAAAUACCAUUGUCGUCAUAAUAUCGGUGUAGUGUGUAUGAAAACAAUAGUGUUGUUCCCCUAUACAGGGUAAUUUUUCUUUAUCGUGAACCACCAAUUUUCUCUGAGGAUUUUAAGUGGAUUUGAUUUCUUUUUUUCUUUUUUUUUUAAAGUAUUAUUGAAUCUAUUUAGCUUCAUUUUAAAACCAUUUUUAUUUGUUUACCCCUACUCCAAUCCAUAUACCAUUUAAAGUUUAGACUGGAGGAGUAGGGUAGGGUGCAAUCAUGCAAUUUAUUACCGUUCCCUACUCCUCCGGUCUAAACUUUAAACUGUUAUAACUCAUAAACAGUAAAUCUGAUAUUAGUGUUAUGCAUAUCAAAAUUCCUAGAAAAAUAUUUUCUAAUCAAAUCUGUGAUCAAAAAAAAAAGGGGGGGGGAGUUUUAGUUGAAAAACAAAAGAAUAUAAUUAUAGAUAUAGGUAUAUAGAUUAGGGGUAAAAAAUUAAAAACGGUAUUCAAAUAAAGCCUAACCGAUUCCACAAUGAUUUUAAAAAAAAUCACUCUGUAUAUUAAUAUUAUUAUCGUUUUGUUAAACCGGAUCGCGUAUUCCGGUCGUCGAAAGAACGGCAGAAUACGAUUAAAAUAAUGAAACCGUUUCUCGGAGUAAAUAUUUUACUUAUGUACUUAGUCGAUAAUAAUAAGAAUAAUAUUAUAUAGUCCAUAAUUAAUCGUCACGGACGAAUGGACUGAUAUUAUUAUUGCAAUGUAGGUGUAGGUGGACGGGUUGGUUCGCGCACUGUAGACCGCGAAAAAUGCGUUUUUACGCAGCAGUUCAACUACUGUUGAAAACUAUCAAAACCAAAUCGUAAAUUAUUAUUGUCGGCCAAUAACAUCCGUACCAGUUUUUUCGUUAUUAUUAUUGUUAUUGGUUUUUUCUUUUUAUUAUUCUUGAUCUAACGCGAGAACGACUGCAGCUAUCCAUUUUUUGUCGGUUCGUAGUUUAAUCAUCGUUUCGAAUAUUAUCGUCCGUAUAUUUUAAUAUCAUUACGAAUUACGUAUUUACAGACCCUAUCCGAGUUCGCGACUCAAGCCGAAAAGUAAAACUUAGUUAGUUUUAGGAAUUUUCGGAGAUCUGAGGUUUUUUAUUACAAAACAACGCUCCAAGAAAAUGUUGCAAGUGUAAACCUAAAACCUAGUGUUUCUAUGAUUUUAACGAUAAAGUGGCGUGCCGGAAGUCUGCUAAACUUUCGAUAUGGCAUAAUCUCAAAAUCUAUUAAACAACAAAAAAUAAAAAUUGACCGGACCUUACAUCAAAUUGUCGAGCAUAUCUGGAUCAGAUCUCUAUACGAUUUCCCACUAAAUUGCAACAACAAAAAAAUCAAAUUUGACGUUGAUAAAACCCCGUGUGAUGGAGUUGCGAAAAUAUUACCGGUUUCCUUAAUUUUUCUAUAUUUUAUCCCAUUAUUAAGAAAAGUAAGAGGAAUAUCAACAAAAAAAAUAAGUAAUUUUCCUGACGUCAUCGCUGCCAGAAAUCAUCACGGAUGUUGAUUAUUAGAUCAAGUCAUGAAAUCGUGGGAACAGAGAGGAAUAAUAAAGAACAAAGUUUUAAAAAAUAAAUGUUUAACCACCACGACUAUAAAAAGAAAAAAAACGGAAAAUUAUAGAUUAUCGUCAUUGAAAAUAUGAGUGCGUGCCAAAUGUCAAGUUGAUCGAACUUCGAUCACAAGUUUUACAUUUCUUCUUCGCGAGUAUAAGUUAAUAUAAAGCAUGGUAAAAAGCAUACGAUUAUCUGAAAUGUUUACUAAAGUUGUAACCUGUAUAUUCUAAAAAAGCCUGCAGUGCUCGACAAAUGAGUGCCAAAAUUAAUUUUUCAGAAAUUGUAGCACACCUUUAUCAUUUGUUUUAAGUGGAACGCACUGUACGGUACAUGUAGUUCUGCAUUUUUAUCAACUAAAUCAAAUAUAACAGAUACCGUUAUUGUGUACGUAUUCUAAUUUUCUCGACGGUUUUUCAAGGUUUUUCUUUUCCCCAUUCUUAAGAAAAGUACAAGAAAAAUCAAAAAAAUAUAUCCUCCUCAAUCCACCAAAAAAACUAAAAUAUGUUUCUAGGAAUUAGAAAUCACUCAUAAAGUGGAUGAUUGGAGCACGAUUUCUGAUUGAAAAGUGAUUAACUGACAGACAUAUUGAGUUAGGGAGAUGCGGAAGCAAAGUCCAUCAUGGCUUAGGUUGAGUACAAUAAUUGUAAGGGACGCUAAUUUAUUGUAAGUCUGUGGGUAUCUCCUGUUUUUUUUUUAAUUUGAGCGCUGACAAGAACUCUUUGAAGCAUAAUUUCUCCCUCGUAGAAAAGAAAAAGUAAUCGUAGUAAAUCGCUACCGACGGUCAGUCGCGUAUUUUUAGUUUAUACAAGUAAUUCGAAUAUAAUAUUAUCCUAAUGCUUUUGAAAUUCUUAAUAAUACAGAUUAAGAAUAAGAAUACAUAGGUCCGGAUUGAGUGCUUAUAAUAUGAGCUAUAUAAUAUCGAAUUAAUAAUACGUUACAGUUGUCGUCUUGCGAGUAUUAGACGAUUUAAUUAUUUUCAGAGAUUCAGAUUUGUGUUUGUCGCCGUAUUCGGCGGCCGUUAAAACCCGGUAGGUAAUCGUAUUAAUCGAUUUACAACAAAAAAGCGGCGAAACGAAACGGUUCACUACGUGCGCCUCCAGAGUCAACAUAAUAACAUACGCGUUUCCAUUCACGGUGUCCAUCGCCACGAAUAAUUGCGCAGACUUCGAGUCGUUUUUUUUUUUUUCCAAUCUUUCUUUACGGUACCUACCUACCUACCCGGUCGGUAAUUCAUAUGGUAUAGUUAAAUGUUGUAUUUUAUACGUACGACGACGCGAACGAAAGAAAAUAAUAAUAAUACGGAUAGGAAUAUUUUAUAUGGUGGGAGAGCGGAGAGAGGGAAAUGAUUUUCCGUUCGCUCUAAAUAGUAGUAAAUAAUAAUAAUAAUACGCUAGGCGGAAUCUAGGUUAUCGUGUUAUCGUUAUUAUAUACUCUUAGGUAUAUAUUAGUAUUUUUACGUGAACGAUUGACAUUACUGAAUUGUCAUUAUUUGUGCAGUGUUCUACGACGACGAAUAACGUUCGAAAGUUUUGAGCGAAUCGCAUUUUUUAUAAAAAAAAAAAAAAAAACAAUAUAUUUACGGACAUACUUUGCACGUUGGAUGGGCCACUGUUGUAGGUGAAAAUAGUUUGGAAGGUAUAGGAGGGAAAUUUAAUGUAUAUCUGUAUACGCAACGAUUAAUCUUCGCUGACGAAAAACGAUUCUGAGCGGAGUUUGGUUACACGUGUUUUAAAAGGCCGUAAUAUUUUCGAUUUGAAAAUAAUAUUAUACAUUCAGUACGUUUUCCCGAUCUCGCUCAGCUCAGAAUCUAAAAUAGGUCAAUCGAAUAAAUGGCACACGUUCGUGGUUCGUAAUUGACGUUGGAAAUAGGCCGUCUCGGAAUCUUGAAUAAACACAGUUUUUUCCGAUAAUAAUUAUAUUAAGUGCCAUAUUAUUAUUAUUAUUAUUAUUAUCGAUUAAAACACCUGUGUUUAAAUUUUUUGAUUCCGUUCGAAUUCAAAAUACAAAUCCAUCGACACUGACGAGAGCUGGCGCCUGGUUAGAGUUCAUUAUGUUUUUAUUCAUUGCACAUUAGUUAUGAUCAAAAAAGAAAACAAAAAUGCCCCCUGAAUUUUUCGUGAUUGGUUAUUUCACAAUUGCCACAGUUUCACUCAGCAGUAUAAAUCUCUAAAAUACAAUAUACUCUGCGAUGUGUGUUCUUCCGAAAAACGAUAUUGUUUGAUACUAGGAGAAGUGUUCAAAAAGAGAAAUGAGUCUUUGUGACACGUACAAAAACAUAGUUUUUUCGUAUUUCGAUUAUUAUUUAAUAAAAUAUUAUAAUAUGAAUAUAAUUUGACGUUAAUUGUCAUUGACCGUGAUUUUUUUUUUCAGAAUGGAGAUCGAAUCGUAUGGGAAUUUCAUCAAGUAACUCUGAACCGCGUUCCCGGUUACGGGUUCGGUAUCGCCGUGAGUGGUGGCCGGGACAAUCCGCAUUUUGCAAACGGCGACCCUUCAAUAGCCGUGUCCGAUGUUUUGAAAUCUGGUCCUGCCGAAGGAAAACUAAUGUAAGUGUGUCAUAUAGUAAUAAUUUUGUUUUAAAAUGUUGUUAAUUUAAUUUUUUAAUUUUUUUCACAGGGUCAAUGAUAGGAUAAUGACUGCUAACGGUGUGUCGCUGGACAAUGUUGAAUACGGUACAGCCGUUGCCGUGUUGAGGGAAUGCGGUGAAAACGUGACGUUGUCGCUGAGACGCCGUUUGGUGUUACCUUCCAAUACGCCACACACACUGCGUAUUCAUAUGACUAAAACUAGAAAAAAAGACGGUACUUAAGACAGAUAAUGGAUAAUAAGAUUAUUAUUAUAUAUUAUUAUACCCAGUUAUAAUUAUUUUUUUCUAAAUUUAGACUUUGGAAUAGUUUUGGGCAGUAGAAUAUUUAUCAAAGAAGGCACAAAAGGUGGUGAUAAUUGUGUUCAAGAGGGUGAUGUUUUGUUGAAGAUCAACAAUCAUGCUGUCACGGAUGGCAUGACGCUCAAAGAAGCGAGAAGAUUAAUUGAAUCUGCCAAAGACAAACUAAGUUUAACGGUGCGUAGAGAAGGUAGUACCAAUGGAAAUUUACAAUAUUCUGGUUCAUCAGAGCCGACGUCUUUGCAAGCCAAAGGUAACAAAAAAAAACAUUUAAAUAUUUAAUUUAUUUUGAUAAUUAUUGUUUUUUACCCAAUUGUUAUUCUUGUUUGUCUAUUUAUAGAAAACAAUAACUAUAUGGAAGGUAUAAAUGGUUCGGCAUAUCCGUCACAAAACCUCUAUGUACAACCACCCAGUAGAACUAUGAUUGAAGAAGCCAAAAGUAAUUUGGCUCCUCGAGGUCGAUCCCGUAAUCCACUGUUAGAUUCUGUUUCUUUGAGUCAAUUGGACAGGCCAACUUCUGCUAUGGAUAACAAUACAUCUGGUAAGUCAUUUAUUUUUUAUUGAAUAUAACAAUUUUAAUUAAUACAAAUCUUUUAAUUUAGCCAAUAAUUUACAUAAUGGCGAUUUGGGACCUACAUAUAAUCAUGGUCGUAGCAGAAGUGGUACUGAGGAUCAUUCAGAACCUCCUCGACCUCCGCCUCCAAGACCUGAAGGUAGUUGAAAAUAUAUGAUUAAUUUACACAUUUUUUUUUUUAUUAAAUUAUUUGUCAUUUAAUAACGUUAAAUUAAUAUUGUUAAUACUUAAAAUUACUGUUUAUUAAUUUCACAGAUUAUUAUAGUACAACUAGACAGUUUUAUGAUGAUUCAUUACCUCAAAGAUCCAAACAUUUAAAGUAAAUUGCCAAACAAAUAAUUACUAGUUGAUUAAUAGGCGUGUUUAAGUUUUUAAUUUAAAUUUUUUUAGACCUGAUCCACGAUUUAUUACAUUCCAAAAAGAGGGAUCUGUUGGUAUUCGACUUACAGGCGGCAAUGAAGUUGGUAUAUUUGUUACUGCUGUCCAGCCAGGAAGCCCAGCAUUCACACAAGGUCUACAACCGGGGGAUAAAAUAUUAAAAGUAAAUGAUAUGGACAUGAAAGGAGUAACUCGUGAAGAAGCUGUGUUAUUUUUAUUGAGUCUUCAAGAUCAAAUUCAUCUUAUUGUACAACACCGGCGCGAUCAAUAUGAACAAAUUAUGACUAAUCAACGAGGCGAUUCAUUCCAUAUCAAGUAAUUAAAUAUAAAGCAUCAAUAAAUGACUAGGACAUUUUUUAAACAUAAUAUUUCUAUAUUUUGUAGGACCCAUUUUGACUACGAACAACCAAACAAAGGUGAAAUGAGCUUUUGCAAAGGUGAUGUAUUCCAUGUAAUGGACACAUUACAUAAUGGGGUAGUUGGUUCUUGGCAAGUGUUCCGUAUCGGAAGAAACAAUCAAGAAGUUCAAAAAGGAAUUAUUCCAAACAAAGCCAAAGCAGAAGAAUUAGCAACAGCACAGUUUAAUGCCACUAAGAAAGAGAUGAACGCUUCUGAGAGCAAAGGAGGUUUCUUUAGACGGCGAAAAAACAAUCAUCGAAGAUCAAAAUCAUUAAGCAAGGUAAAAAAAAAAUUUGAUAUUAUUUAAAAGAAAUUUAUUUAAUUUAAUUUGGUUGUGGUUUACAGGAAAACUGGGAUGAUGUGGUAUUUGGGGAUAGCAUAAGCAAGUUUCCAGCUUAUGAAAAGGUGGUACUUAGUCAUACAGGAUUUGUACGACCAGUUGUUUUGUUUGGACCUAUAUCAGACAUUGCUCGAGAAAAACUUACCAAGGACUUCCCAGAUAAAUUCCUGUCUCCUCGUGAGUACAAAUAAAAAACAAAAUUUAAAUAGUCAUUAACCAAUAUUCAAUAGUAACUUAUUUGGUUGGUUUGUUAGAACUCGAAAACAAUACUACUGAUGGAAGCAAAAAAAUCAGUGGCAUAAUAAGACUGAGUGCUAUUCGUGAUAUUAUGGAUAGAGGAAAACAUGCUCUCUUGGAUGUCACACCAAAUGCUGUUGAUCGUUUAAAUUAUGCUCAAUUUUAUCCUAUUGUCAUUAUGUUACGCGCAGAUAACAAACAAGUGAUCAAAGAACUCCGUGCCGGAUUACCAAAGUAAUAUUCAAUAUUUAAUAAUUUUCUAUAUUAUCAUAAUACUGAUAAGACACAUGUUUUAUAGAACUGCACAUAAGAGCAGUAAGAAACUAUUAGAGCAAUGUCAGAAAUUAGAAAAAGUGUGGUCACAUGUUUUUACUUCUUCACUGACUUUAAAUGGAGGAGAUGCCUGGUAUCGUAAGCUAAGAGAAUUAAUUGAUAAGCACCAAAGUUCACCGACUUGGGUCAGCGAAACAAAGGUACUUAUAUGUUUUUUUGUCAUAAUAUUUACAACACUGAAUUUUAAAGGAAGCUUAAAAACACUAUUCUAAAAUGUUCAAAUAUUGUUUAUAGACUGUAGAUUUCCUUUCUGAUCUUUAUCUACUUCCUAUGUCAUAUCCAUUUUGUGACCCUUAUGUUAUCUCUAACGAAAUUGAUUAUGCCAGAAGAUCUAAUGAUUUUUUUGGCUACAUCUAAAAUGUAUAGAAUAAUUAAUUACACGUGUGUUCUUAUGCUGCUAUUAAUAAUAAUUUAUAUUGCAUGAUUAAUAGUUUAAACAUAAUUUUACUAUUUAUUGUUUAACCUCAAAUAAAAACAAAAAUAUUUUAUCAACUAUAUCAUACUACUUGUUAACCUCUUAUAAUUAUUGUUUUAAUUAUAGAUCAGAUUUUUAAUAACAUUGUUCUCGAUUAUAAAAUAUUUAAUACAUUAAAUAUCUUAUUUAUUAUUUUGACAUAGUAUAAACAAUACUGUGUUCCUAUUUAUUAAUAGUUAAUAAUCAACUAACUAUAAUAUUGUGUUCUUGAUUAAUGUUUUUUUUUUUUUUUAAUUUGUGUUUGUAAAAAAAUUAACUGAUUUAUGUUUUGUGAAUUACUAACAUGUGUUGUUUUGUGUAUGUGGCAUGCAUUAUGUAUUCAGCCUGAAGAAAACCUGUCUGAUGACUUGUUAUUCCCAAUGACCUCCUUACGUCUAUCAUAUGCAUCAUCUCCUGAAAGUGAUAUGGAAACUAGUAACACAACCUUAGCAUCUCCAACUUCUACCACAGCAGCCAGUCCAUCUGCAAUUAUUGGUUCAAGACUUGUAAAGAGUUCCAGUGAUCCAAGCAUUACAACCCAGGACGAUUCUGCCAUCCCUAAUUAUAAUCCACCCCCGCCAUAUUCGCCAUCAGUGUUCAAACAAGUAUGGAUUAACUAUUGACUAUUGAGUACAAUAUUAUAUGUUAAAAUUAAAAUAAUUUAAUAAUACAAAUUUGUAGUUAAGUUGUAUUGUUUUAAUCUAAAAAUAUAAUGGUUUAGGCAAAACAUGUUAGUCUCCAGCUUAUAAACUGUAUUAAAUUGUAUUUUUUACAGUAUUUAAUAAAAAUAUUGUUUUUAUUUUGACAGGCGAGUUAUGAGCCUCCACAAACAUUACGUAUGGCUGGACCACCCACUCAUACAACAUUAAUGGUGAACGGUAACGGACCACCAGACUUGCCACCUCGAGUUGAUAGAAACACAAAGCCAAUGCACGGACAUCGCGCAAAUGGACAAAGAUCAGCUACUGAUAGACUAUUUAGCCCAAACGGCAUAGAUGAAAUACCCAAUUACAUAAACGCAACUCCUCACCAUCAAAGGACCCACACCAGCACUAGUAAACAGGUACAUUACUGUAAAUAAUUGCUUUAACUAAAUAUUAACUAAAUGUGUUUGUCUUCUAGUUGUAUGAUAUGCACAACAGUUAUGACAGUGUGUCGUCGUAUGACAGUUAUGGUGUACGUAUGAAUGGCGGCAGCAAUGGCAGUGCAAACUUGUCUACUACUUUGUGUUCUAAUUCACAAGACGAUCUUAAGUCUGGCAGUAAUAACACUUUGGGUAGACAUCAUGAUCCUUAUAGGUUUACCAGAUCAACUCAACAACCAGUUGAUACUAAAAUGUCAGAUUAUCCAAAAUACAGGUAGGUUAACCUAAUAUAUAUAAAUUUUUUAACAUUUGAAAAAUAUAUUAAAUUUAAAUUUUUAAUUUUAUAGGGUUAUUUCAAAAUUAAAAACAUUAGAAUUUUAUAGAAGUUUAAAUAUAAUUGAUCCGAUAAAUGAUAUAUCUUAUCUGUGUGAAAGAUUAAUUAUAUGAAUUAGAUAAUAUUAGAUAAAAUCUGUGAUACUUCCUUUACUAUUAGAUAGUACCUGUAACUAAUUGUUUAAUAAUUAGAUCUAUAUGUAUUUAUUUAGUUCUAUGUUGUGUUGUGUUUUAUUUUGUACCUACCUUGUUUGUUUGUAGACCUCCGGGCGGUACCACUGGAGGUAUGAUUGAAUAUGCCACUAGUAAACCACUUCCGUUGCCAAAAUCACCUCCCCAACCACAACAAUCCUACAAACCUGUUCCACCUCCGAAACCAAAAAAUUAUCGUCCACCAGUUCAGCAACAGCAACAACAAACACAACAAUAUUACCAACCACCACCCAGCAAUGGUUUCCAGCACUCUAAAUCAUUCAGCAUGGCAGACAGCACUUAUUCAUCACAUAUGUCUAAUGGGGUGGGUCUAAUUGUUAUCACUUGUUUAUUAAUUCAUUUAUGAUUUGUUUUUUAUAAACCUAUAAAAAUGAAUAUAUGUAAUAUGGACAUUUAUUCAAUUACAGAUGCCUUCAUCACCCAGUAAGUACUCAUCAGAAUCAACAGACGUAAACACUGCUGAUUCGGGCCACGGUAGUAGUUUGGAUAGAGGAUAUGAUCGUCGUGGUGUUAAUGGACAGCAGCCUUUACAGCAAAUGGAUCGAAAUCAUGUGUACUACAAACAGCACAGAGAUCCUAAUACACUGGACUUGACACAGCAUCGAGAUCAACGAGGUAGUGCAUUUGAACUGUACAAAAAGCCGUCAGUUGCUGGUGAUCAUAGAAUGUCGAAUGGAAGUGACCUUAGAAUUUCAAAUGGAGUUGACCACAGGAUGUCGAAUGGUGGUGACCACAGGAUGUCGAAUGGUGGUGAUCACAGGAUGUCCAAUGGCGGUGGUCAUUAUAAUGUUGAUGCACUUCGGUGA